AUGCAAAUCAGUACAGGUAAUGCUGACAUAGCUGUCAACUUUUAAGGGAAAUUCCCUUAUUCCGAAUAGGAUUCCUCACAAGAAAAGGGGAAAGUUGACAGCUAUGAAUGCUGAGCAGCAUUACAAUGGCAGGCCUUGCCCCCCCCCCCCACACACACUCCCAAACAUAGGCAUACCUUGGAAUUCCAACUGAAUCCGUUCCAGAAGUCCGUUCGACUUCCAAAACGUUUGGAAACCAAAGCACAGCUUCUGACUGGCUGCAGGAAACUCCUGUAGCCAAUCGGAAGCUGCAGAAGCCCCUUCGGAUGUUUGGCUUCCAAAAAUAGUUUGCAAACCGGCUCCCGGGCCUUAGGUCCCCCCCCCCCGCCCCCCGAUCUAAGAGCUGCACCCCGGCAUCUUGUUUGAUACAGCCACGUGUUCUGCAGUGCUGCUGGCGCACCCCACACCCCCAGUCACAGGCUGAGUCACCCCUGAAAAGACUGUGGCUGUGUGCCAUGAGACCUGGACGAGGAGGGGGGGUUGGGGGGGCGGAGAGAGAGAGAGAGAGAGAGCCAGCUCAAGUUCUGUUGUUUGAUGGGAUUAGAGGACGCUCAAGGACUUGAAUAACUGCGAUCAGGCUGAGAGGCUUUGCACAACCACCCUUCCCUGCCCAGCACAGACUGGAUCCACUCCCUGCCCCCACCCCCCGCCCCCUCCCGCGUGCAGGUUGGAGGCGGGCAGGCAGGUGUGGUACGCCGAGGUACCAAUCUCAGUGCUGCUCCUUCCUGGGAUCUGAGAGUCACAAAGUCACCCCGUGCCUGGCGACGUUAUGAUUAUCCAGGCUGGAACCGGGGAAAUCCAGAUUCCAGAGCCUCUGGCGAUUGGUAGGAGGAAAUGUUCCUUCAAAAGUGUUUCACGUCACCCAGGAGAGAUUGGGAUCAGUUCUGUGAAUGGAAAGGGGGGGGGGGAGAGAGAACCGAGAAAAAGAGAGGCAAGGCCCAAGGUCAAUCAGGCAGGGUGAACAUGACGGCACCCACAUCUAUUUUUUUAUAUAUAUAAUUUUUUUACUAGUUUUCAACAUAGCAUUUUCAACAAUAAUUAAACGUACUUUAACAUCUUACACAUUUUUUUUUUUUACUUCCAUCAAUCACAUCUGAAAAUUUUCCAAUCUAUUUACUUGAAUUACAUUUCUUAUUUUCACUGCUGUUGUUGUUUAGACGUGUCGGACUCUUCAUGACCCCAUGGACCAGAGCACGCCAGGCACUCCUGUCUUCCACUGCCUCCCACAGUUUGGUCAAACUCAUGCUGCUAGCUUUGAGAACACUGUCCAACCAUCUUGUCCUCUGUCGUCCCUUCUCCUUGUGCCCUCAAUCUUUCCCAACACCAGGGUCUUUUCCAGGGAGUCUUCUCUUCUCAUGAAGUGGCCAAAGUAUUGGAGCCUCAGCUUCAGGAUCUGUCCUUCCAGUGAGCACUCAGGGCUGAUUUCCUUAAGAAUGGAGAGGUUUGAUCUUCUUGCAGCCCAUGGGACUCUCAAGAGUCUCCUCCAGCACCAUAAUUCAAAAGCAUCAAUUCUUUGGCGAUCAUUCUUCUUUAUGGUCCAGCUCUCACUUCCAUACAUCACUACUGGGAAAACCAUAGCUUUAACUAUACGGACCUUUGUCGGCAAGUUAUUUUCACUAUUACAUUUAAAUCUCAAGACUAAUAUCUCUCUUCUUUGCAAUAUUUCAUAGACGGCACCCACAUCUCAGAGGGCCACUGCUGGGGGAGCAGAGGUGAAAGUGAGGCACAGACAUAUUUAGGGGUGGCAGUGAAGUAGCAUGUGUUUGAUGCACCUCACAUUCCUUUGCACGUGGUCUGCGAACUGGGGCCCAGCAUGCUUUUUCCCACCGCAAGGGAGCCUUGCGUGCCUUUUCCAGAUCAUGAGGUACAGUUGCUUGAGAUAGUCAAAUGCCAGGGGCUGGCAGUGAGAACUACAUCACCACAUUGCAGGAGGACCACAACUUCUUCUCUCAAUAGCCACACACUUGGUUUCAUCCAUAGUUCCUUGUUCCGUUUUUAAAAAAAAAAUAUUUUAUUUAUUUUAUGUACAAUCUUUACAACAGAGGACUUUAUAGCCAAAAUAAACCAAGAUUGAAGCAAUAACAUGACUCUCCUGUUUUUAUUUCUACUAAAUUCUUCUCAGAUUUCCUUAUUUUACUAUUCUUUAAGUCUUCUUCUUUUAAUUCCUUGUUCUUAACCUCCUAAAUUGCAUGUUUGUCCUCUACAAUUUUCCAAUUACUGCCUUAUACCUCCCUCCCCCUUUACCCAUUACAGUGGUACCUUGGGUUAAGAACUUAAUUCAUUCUGGAGGUCCAUUCUUAACCUGAAACUGUUCUUAACCUGAGGUACCACUUUAGCUAAUGGGGCCUCCUGCUGCCGCUGUGCCGCCGGAGCACGAUUUCUGUUCUUAUCCUGAAGCAAAGUUCUUAACCCGAGGUACUAUUUCUGGGUUAGCGGAGUCUGUAACCUGAAGCGUCUGUAACCUGAGGUACCACUGUACUUCCCUUCAGCCAUGUGCGAUCUUCUCUUCAUACUGUUAUUUCUUGUUGUGUUGAUAGCUAUGAAGUUUGUUUUUCCAUUUGUACUGUAAUAUUCUCUUGUAUCCUUGCGUACUUCAUUCUAUUGCAUGUUAAAUUUAAGCUCUGAAACCAAAUCUUAUCAUAUAUUCCUGUACGCAUUCCCAUUCUUUGUAAGUUCUGGGCGUCUGCCGUCUCUAAGCACUGCUAGAAGUUCUUUCCUGCUUAUUUUUAUGCUGCCUUUCUGCAAAAAGAUUGAAAUGCAUGAAGCAAACAAAGUCAUAAAAGCAUACAUACUCCGCGGCAGCCUGCCUUGCCCUGGCUUCUGAAGCAUGGGGUUAUUUGCAGUAAAUGGACCGUAAGAGAUUUCUUUUUGAAAAAAUGAAGAGCGCUUAAUCUUCCAGAAUCCAGAGGAUCAAGUUGUGUUGCUUGUUGGCAGCAGCUCAGGUACAUUCUAAAGACCUUAGAUGCAACUACCCAGGACUUUGCUUAGCCCAGGCCGCAAAGCAGAGGAACCCUCUGAUAUUAAACGGCAAUAUAGAGGGGGAUUGCCCUGGGAAAUACACCCAGUUCACAAAGUUUGGCGUUAGUGUCAUAGAUUAGAUCUUAAUCUCAAGAUUUGCAUACAAGUUGGUCACGGAGUUCCAAGUGGGCUAUAACAUUGAAAGCGACCACUUACCCUUAACUCUGGCUUUUGCAGGUCCGCUCCUCAACAAUUCUAUCGUAAAACCGCAAUAUAUCCCUAAUGCAAAUCUUGGCAUAGGUAAAGGUAAAGGGACCCCUGACCAUUAGGUCCAGUUGUGGCCGACUCUGGGGUUGCGGCGCUCAUCUCGUUUUAUUGGACGAGGGAGCCGGCGUACAGCUUCCGGGUCAUGUGGCCAGCAUGACUAAGCCGCUUCUGGCGAACCAGAGCAGCACACGGAAACGCCGUUUACCUUGUCACUGGAGCGGUACCUAUUUAUCUACUUGCACUUCGUGCUUUCUAAUUGCUAGGUUGGCAGGAGCAGGGACAGAGCAACGGGAGCUCAUCCCGUCACGGGGAUUCGAACCGCUGACCUUCUGAUCAGCAAGUCCUAGGCUCUGUGGUUUAACCCACAGCACCAUCCACGUCCCUAAAAUCUUGGCAUAUCCACAGCUAAAAGAGUCAAAUGGUCCCCCCUACUCAACGCAGCCCUGGCUCACCUUCUUCAAACAGCUGAGCUAAAGGACAUCCAUACUGUGAUUAUAUCGGCUAACUCCACUGCUGAGGCCAUGAAACUAUUCAAGACACUCACAGAAAGGCUAAAACUACACUUAACAACCGUGAUCCAAAAUACUGCCACAAAAAGGUUAACAGAAUUUGCCACCUGGUUUGACUCUGAGUGUAGACAGGCAAAGGGACACCUGCAGAGAGCUUACCAUAAAUAUAGGACCUCCUGGUCGUCUCUCUUAUUUACUGCAUACAUUUCUCUUAGACGGAAGUACAUUCAAUAACUUUUACUAUUUGGAAAGGCUGUUAUUUGACUGGGGAGAGGAAAGGAAUCGAGUACACUCCAGAAAUUAAUAUUUCUUACAAAUAUUCACUAUAUUAAACAUUCUGUUCAAUACCACAGACAUAGGCGCAAGUUAGUGACAGAGAUUUACCAGGGACAGAAAGCAGGAUAAAUAUAGGCAUUUGGAGCAUAUGCUGACUCCAGGUUCAGAAACUGAUUCCUGAUCCUCACAGUGCACCCUUUCUAAACAGAAACGGGCAGGAAACCAGUGGCGGGGUCUAUCCCCAAUUGACUUUUCUACUCUGUUUCUGUAUGACUGGUUUCAUACCUAGAUUGCCGCAGAGGAACAGAUCUCUGCCUUCUUUCACGCCCUGUUUUUUUCCCUCCCCCCCCCCCCAUCUGCCAAAGACUUCACAAACCAGGAGCUCAUCUAGUUGAGCCAAUACUUCCCAAAUUCAGAUCUUUCCCACCCUAGUGGCCUCAAGUGCUCCUGUGAGAUUGCUGCUCAGCAAUCAUCUGAAAGCUGAAUUAUAAAGGUAAAGGGACCCCUGACCAAUAGGUCCAGUCAUGACCAACUCUGGGCUUGCGGUGCCCAUCUCUCUUUAUUGGCCGAGGGAGCCGGCGUACAACUUCCGGGUCAUGUGGCCAGCAUGACUAAGCCGCUUCUGGCGAACCAGAGCAGCGCACGAAAACGCCGUUUACCUUCCUGCCGGAGCGGUACCUAUUUAUCUACUUGCACUUUGACGUGCUUUUGAACUGCUAGGUUGGCAGGAGCAGGGACCGAGUAAUGGGAGCUCACCCCGUUGUGGGGAUUCGAACCGCCAACCUUCUGAUUGGCAAGCCCUAGGCUCUAUGGUUUAACCCACAGCGCCACCCGGUCCCUUAUAAAGCUGAAUUAUAGGCCCCCAUAAAAAACAGAAGCAAAGAAAAAUGUGAAGUAAACGGCAGGCUAGCAGCUCUUCACUGAUACUAAUGGCCACAGAACAACACACAAGGCCUACACAGAUAUGAAAUGCCUUUAGUUCAUUGUAAGUAGGAGAGAGUAUUCUCUGUGCCUUGAAAGCAAAAAAAUAAAAAAAAUAAAAAGACUCUGUGCCAUGGCACCAGGCACAUACUUUAGUCCUGGCAGGUAUUAUGUAUGCAGAGAGCUUCUGAGUUGUCAGGAAACAUCCUUUUUAUUUAAAAGGAUUCCAUCGUAUAUGAUUCCACUAAUCUACUUUGACACAAUAUCAGAGCAUUGCACCCCAUCAUCCCUGUUAGAUCUCCUAGAUCAUGUAAUGUAACAGGGUGGAGUGGGGUGGAAAGCCAGGUCUUGGGUGGAUCUUGAAUAAUAAGUAGUUGAUGAAGAAUCCUCCCCUCUCCUACUCCAACACCCUUCCAAGUCAAUCAAGAAGAAUGUCAUCUAUUUCUGUCUUGCUAAUCGCCAGCCCUGCCUUGCUAGGGCAGUGUUUGGUACACAGUCGUCUUUAGCAUCCUAAGCUGAUUAAUAUUCCUUGAAGGAGAGAUGGGAAACCUCAGGGAAGAACUAUUAGCGGAGAGAUGGAACCUCAAAGCACCACUGGUUCCUUAGGCAAAUAAAAACAGCAUUUUAUUGUGUGUGUGUGUGUGUGUGUGUGUGUGUGUAUAAUUUUUAUUAAAUUUUCUGUUUUACAAUUUAAAACACUCAUUUAAACAUCUUUAAAAUAUCAGUGACUUCCCUUCUUCUCUUUCCCUGCUUCAUUUUGCAUAUCAUAAAGCCCUGAAUAUUUUACAUAAACUAAACCAUUCAGUAUUCCAUUACAGUGGUACGUCUGGUUAAGAACUUAAUUCAUUCUGGAGGUCUGUUCUUAACUUGAAACUGUUCUUAACCUGAAGCACCACUUUAGCUAAUGGGGCCUCCUGCUGCCGCUGUGCCAGCGCUGCACGAUUUCUGUUCUCAUCCUGAAGCAAAGUUCUUAACCCGAGGUAAUAUUUCUGGGUUAACACAGUCUGUAACCUGAAGCGUAUGUAACCCGAGGUACCACUGUAUCACAUCCAUCAAAAUUUAUUUACACUGUUGAAUUUAUCUUAAUGCUGCCAAUGUUUUCAAGUGUACACAAUUUCCUCCCCAUAUAUUCAAUAAACAUUUUCCAAUCUUCUCUAAAUGUAUGUUCUUCUUGUUCUCUUUUUCUAUAUGUUAAGUCCGCAAGCUGAGCAUAUUCCAUCAGCUUAAGUUGCCAUACUUCUUUGGUUGUGACCUCGCUCGUUUUCUGUUUUGGGGCCAAAGUAUUGGCAUACAUAAAUAACAUUUUAACAUACUAACAGAAUUUCAUUGUCAAGCAAUAAGAAUUAGCAGCUGGGCACUCAAGUGUUUAAUUUGUAAGAACUGCUUUUCUUGCUUCAUCUGUGGAAUGGAAAUUUGAGCAAUUGUAAAAGCAGUUUGCAAAUUAAGAGCGAUAGGUAGGAAGUGGCACAUGCAUACGAUGAAUGACAUACUUGCUGGCAGUAGGUAAUGAAAUAUGGGGGUGCAAGAAAGUCAGUGGGGUGUGAGGAAGAAGACUCAGCAGCCAAUUACAGAAAAGUGAGAGGAAGGAGACUGCGAAAGGCUGGGAAGUAGGAGCACUACAUUGGCUUGCCAGCAGGGGGCGCAACAGAACUAACCAGAAAUGUUCUUACCCAUCCUGCCAAAAGUGACAGCUGUUCAGAUCUAACGCACAUGUAAUGAAGUGUUUUGUUGUGCUGGCUUUUAUGGGCUGGGUUCUACCAACCUCGUGGAUGACAAUUUGCCGGAAUACUAGAGAGCAUGAUACAUUGCAUUUCCAUCUCGUAUUUUCUCCAAAUACAUUGUGGUUUUUAAGAUUUUUUACAUCAGGAAAUGCCUUUUGCCGGAUCAUGCCCUUGGUUCCUCUAGUUCCUUAUUGCCUGCACUGGCCACCUGGCAGCAUUCCCCAGGGUGUCUUUAUUUUUUUUAAAAAAAUAUUUAUACUUUUCAAGUUUAUACAUUUCAUUAGUUUUACAAUCAAUUUAACAUUUCAAAGUUUGAUUUCCUUCCCCCUCUUUCUGCGGUUCCUUAAAUUUAUUUUUUAAUAUCUUCUGCAUAUCCAAAUUCAUUUAAUUUGCUCAUUUAAUUAUCUACUUUAAAUAUGUACUCUUAUUACAAUAAUCCUGCCAAUGUUUUUAUCUGUUUGCAAUUUAUCUGCAAAUAUUCAAUAAACUAUUUCCAUUCUUUUAUAAAAUGUUUGUCAUCUUGAUUUCUUAUUCUUCCAGUCAGUUUUGUCAUUUCUGCAUAUUCCAUAAGUUUUCACAUCCAUUCUUCCUUUGCUGGGACUUAGGUAGCUCUGUCCCUAUAAUUCCCAAAGAAAAGGUUCUGGUUUGUUUUUUUACAAAAGUUAUUUUGAAUAUCCUUUCCAAUUCAUUGUAUAUCAUUUCCCAGUGAGCUUUAACCUUACUACAAGACCACCACUUAUGAUAAAAUGAACCUUCUUUCUCUUUACAUUUCCAACACUUAUUUGAUUUAGAUUUAUACAUUUUUGCUAGUUUACUAGGUGUUAGAUACCAACGAUAUGUAAUUUAAAUAUAAUUUUCUCUUAAACCAUAACAUGCUGUAAAUUUUAUAACCAUAUUCCACAGUCGUUCCCAUGCUUCCAUGUCUAUACUGUGACCGAUAUGUAAUGUAUACAUUAGCGCAUGGGUCAACAAAUUAAGGCCCAGGGACUGGAUCAGGCCCAAUUGCCUUCUGGAUCCAGCCCACAAACAGUCUAGGAAUCGCCGCAUGGAUUGGCAUGGAUCUGAUUCUGAUCGUUCGGGCUGUGCCAUUCCCCCCCCCACACACAAACCACGGCGGCGCUUCCUCCCUCCCUCCUCCUGGCUUCUCCUCGCCCUGCCUAGAGGAGGAAGGGGGCUGGGCUUUGUUGGUGCCAGCAGCAGCAGCGCUCGAGUGGCCGCCAUUUAAAGCAGCCCCUCUUCAGAGCCCUUUCGUGCGCCACUCAUUGUUUCUCUGCCGCCAGCCCCUGCUGCUCGCAAGACACAAGAGCCGCGGUUAAUUGAAAGCCCCUCUCGAGCAACCGCCAUUUAAAGCAGCCCCUCUUUGGAGCCCUUUUGUGCGCUGCUCAUCAUCCCUCAUUCAUUCUUUCUUUCCAAAAUAUAGUCCAGCCCCCCACCAAGGUUUGAGGGACAGUAGACCGGCCCCCUGCUGAAAAAAUUUGCCGACCCCUGCAUUAGCAGCACAUAAGCAGCACACAAAACACUACCAAACCAUUCUACGUUCUAAAUCUCAUAUUAAUACAGUAAUCCAAAAAUUGAGAGAAUAAGGUACAAGAUCUACUACAGAAGCCACAAACAGAAAACUGUUCCUUUAGCCAGGCUAAAGAUAUCCAUGAAGAUACCCUUGAGUGUAACAUCGCCGACACUUCGUUUGAUCAAACUUACCUUUGUUGAGAUCUACAGGAGCCUGGCUAAAGGAACUUUAAAGACUGAAUCUUCCUUUUGGACACAAUUUGAAUGAGUUUUCUGUUUGUGGCUUCUGUAGUAGAUCUUGUACCUUGUCCUCUCAAUUUUUGGAUUAUAAAUAUGAGAUUUAGACCAUAGAAUGGUUUGGUAGUGUUUUGUGUGCCGCUUAUGUGCUGCUUACUCUAUACUGGUCUACUACGAGAAUUGGCAGCAUAGGUUCAUUUCUUUAGACCCCUGCAUUAGCAGCUUAAAACACAGUGAGGUCAUCCCCCCCACAUUUAUGCUUCAAAUCACAUUUGCAGCAUUGCUGUGCGCACCAGGUGUGUGUGUGUGUGUGUGUGUAAGGAUGUCUUCACUUGAUGCGUAUUACCCAAAUUGUUUCCCCACACCUGCACCCCUCCCAACUCCUAUUCAAGGAAGCUGUCAACCGCACAAGGGCAGAGGCCGUCUGAAGCGUACAUAGCUCAGUUUAACCACAGCUUGCAUUUUCAAGUCGGAUGAAAGCUAGUUUAAGCGAAAGCGCAUCAAACAGGAGCAUCAUUUCUUGUAUCAUGGAAUUACAGCCUUGGAAGGGACCCAAAGUUACAUCUAGUCGAAGCCCCGUAAUGCAGGAAUCCCUGAAAGAUGGCCGUCCAGUGACAGGCAGAGGCGUUUCUCGAGAAACUACUACGGGAUACCCUACCUGCCCGCAGACUGUCUCGACAGAGUGGUGCAUGUUCUGGUUAUCUCCUGCUUGGACUACUGCAAUGCACUCUACAUGGCACUACCUUUGAAGGUGACCUGGAAACUGCAAUUAAUCCAGAAUGCGGCAGCAAGACAGGUGACUGGGAGUGGCCACCAAGACCACAUAACACCGGUCCUGAAAGACCUUCCUUGGCUCCCAGUACAUUUCCGAGCACAAUUCAAAGUCUUGGUGCUGACCUUUAAAGCCCUAAACGGCCUCGGCCCAGUAUACCUGAAGGAGCAUCUCCACCCCCAUUGUUCAGCCCGGACACUGACGUCCAGCUCCGAGGGCCUUUUGGCAGUUCCCUCACUGCGAGAUAUGAGGUUACAGGGAACCGGGCAGAGGGUGGCGCCCACCUUGUGGAAUGUCCUUCCAUCAGAUGUCAAGGAAAGAAACAACUAUCUGACUUUUAGAAGACAUCUGAAGGCAGCCCUGUUUCGGGAAGUUUUUAAUGUUUGGAGUUUUAUCACUUCUUAAAAUUAUUAUUAUUAUUAUUAUUAUUAUUAUUAUUAUUAUUCCGUUGGGAGCCGCCCAGAGUGGCUGGAAAAACCCAGCCAGUUGGGGUGGGGUAUAAAUAAUAAUAAUAAUAAUAAUAAUAAUAAUAAUAAUAAUAAUGGUUGUUGUUGUUAAUUAUUAUUAUUAUUAUUGAUUGUGGCUAACGGUCAUAUGUACUUGUCUUCAAACACCAGUGGUGGGGGCACAUUGGGGCUGGAGUAAGCAGUAAGCAGUAAUGGAUACAUAGACUAAUUGUCAGGCUGUGUAUGAGAGAGAGGGAGAGGGAGAAAAACAGGCAGGUAACUAAACAAGGCAGCCCAGGAAUGCUGGUAAAUAAUUCAGCCAGACAGCUGAUAAGGUCUCUGACCCAGGAAGGCGGAGGCGAGGAAGGUUUUCAAGGGCGCCAGGACCCGGAAUCACUUUUGCCGGCUGUGGAGAAACUCUCUUCCCUUUGCCCAAGUCCGCCUGCCUCUCAGCUUUCCCUGAACUCAAACCGGCCUGACCAGCUUUCUUCUCCAUCUCUGCCUCUGGACACACACGCACACCGGGGAUCGAAGCCAAACUGGGCCCUGCCAGGUUGGAGAUGUGGAGAGAUGCCUCCUCUUUGACUUUGCCGUUCGGGCUAUGCAGAGGCAUCUCUUUGUGCUUUUGAUCUGAGCGGGGCAGAGGGGGGCUUGGAGGGCGCCCUCCCCACCCCGGGCACAAGCUUCACCCCCCCAGCCACAGCCGGAGGUCUCACCUGGAGGACAGGCAGCUCACAUUUGGGGCACUGGCUGCUGCAAAGGUAAGCGAAAAGAGCAGAGGGGUAAAAGCAGAGUAGCUGCAUUAGGGAGGUAGGAUUGUAGACUUGGAAGGGAUGCCAGGGGGGUCAUCUAUUCCAACCCCCCACAAUAAAGGAAAGGGCCUACAGUGCCAGUGUUGGCCUGCAGGCUUUGAGAGGGUGGCAUAGUGCUGGACAAGGGGAAAUGCUUUGACUGAAAGCAAAGCAAAACUCAUAAUAGCACAAUACCGAGAUUAUUAUUAUUUUCCUCUUGAAUUGGAACAGGGCCAAGGUAGCUCCCUUUUGCCAUUUAAGAAAUCUGGAAAUUGGCCAAAGUGGUUUCUCAGACUGGCACCAAUUUGGCUGCUUUUUAAAUAGUUCUGCGGAAGAGGGGAUUUUGGCAGGUGGUGCUUGCUUAUUAGGUAAGGAGCAGAAAAGCUGCAUCUGCGGAGACUUCCAAACUCUCGCUUUCCAUCACCAGGGUUUCCCAAACAUGGAUCUCCAGCUGGUUUUGGACUACAAUUCCUAUCAUCCCUGACCACUGGUCCUGCUAACUAGGGAAGAUGGAAGUUGUAGUGUAAAAACAGCAGGAGACCCAAGUUUGGGAAACCCUAAUCUAGAGGAACACGGUCCCCCCUUCCCCAUGCUUGCCAGGCCUACAGAAUACUGUUUUGCGGAGGCAAAGGAAAUAACAAACUCAGGUAUGCAAUGUGGGGCAAAGGGAAGGCCCUAUAAGUUGCAUCAAGAUGUUUGCAUGUGCAGGUAACUGUGGCUAGGAGCACUUGUGCCCAUUUAAACCUCAGGGGCACCAAACCUUUCACCUGUACUUCUAUGGGUAAAGGUAAAGGGACCCCUGACCAUUAGGUCCAGUUGUGGCCGACUCUGGGGUUGCGGCGCUCAUCUCAGUUUAUUGGCCGAGGGAGCCGGCGUACAGCUUCCAGGUCAUGUGGCCAGCAUGACUGAGCCGCUUCUGGCGAACCAGAGCAGCGCACAGAAACGCCUUUUACCUUCCCGCCGGAGCGGUACCUAUUUAUCUACUUGCACUUUGACGUACUUUCAAACUGCUAGGUUGGCAGGAGCAGGGACUGAGCAUCGGGAGCUCAACCCGUCGCGGGGAUUUGAACCGCCGACCUUCUGAUCGGCAAGUCCUAGGCUCUGUGGUUUAACCCACAGCACCACCCGCGUCCCAUCAUUUCUAUGGGUACUUUACAUAAUGACAGUAGGUUCCCUCAAGAAGCUGCUGUGCUGAAGGGAAAAUCUGAAGGAAAGCACAACAGCCUAUAGGACACUGUCCCAAUGUGACUGAUUAAAAAAAAGGUCUUUGUACCCAGAUUUGCAGGAAUUUACAGGGAGCAUACAUAGGAUGACUUACUGGGAAUGAAUUUCCCAUUUAAAUCCUUUAACCAUCAUGUCUCAUGCACAACUGUGCAUGUUAAAUAAAAACGUAGCAGAAAAACACGGGGCGACUUUCCUAACCUCAGGAUUUGAUUGUGGAGGAGGAGCGGAAUCUGAACUGCCUACAUUAACACCAAGAUGUGUGUGUGCUUGAUCCAGGUUAACACAGAAUAUAAAAGUCUGUGACCUUGUGAUAUAUUACAUUUUUAUGAUGCAUGUUUGGGAGCAGCUAUAGCCUCAGGCUGGCCUUGGAUUUACUUGGCUGCGCUUGGGAGAGGCAAUUAGUUAGAUUUUUGUUUCCAGCCUAAUACAAGUGUUCCUUAGCCGUGUUAAUUUCUUCCUAGCGCUUUAUCUGCACUCUCUGAAUUUUUCCAGAUAGUAACGCUUCCUUUACAUCAUGUGAUGCGAGAGCAGCAGUGGGUGAGAGAGCUGGCGGGCAGGGAGGGAAAUCUCAGCUGCUAGUCCAGAUGAGCUGGUAGGAUGAGCCCAGGAGGCAAGAUGACUGUUGAGGCAAAACAACAGUUGUGUGUCGAGACCCCGCAGUAACCACUUGUUGGGAAAUAAACUCACACCAGGACACAGAUACGGUAUUAAGUUUAUGUUAUUGGGCAAAUUUGUCCACAACUUUAUUGAAUUACAGAAUGUGAGCGGUAUUGGCUUAGGCAUUGUUUGGACCCGACUAUAUCUGACUCCUAGGGACGCGGGUGGCGCUGUGGGUUAAACCACAGAGCCUAGGGCUUGCCAAUCAGAAGGUCGGCAGUUCAAAUCCCUGCGAGCGGGUGAGCUCCUGUUGCUCUGGCCCUGCUCCUGCCAACCUAGCAGUUCGAAAGCACGUCAAAGUGCAAGUAGAUAAAUAGGUACCGCUCCGGCGGGAAGGUAAAUGGCAUUUCUGUGUGCUGCUCUGUUUCGCCAGAAGUGGCUUAGUCAUACUGGCCACAUGACCUGGAAGCUGUACGCCGGCUCCCUCGGCCAAUAAAGCGAGAUGAGCGCUGCAACCCCAGAGUCAGUCACAACUGGUUCUAAUGGUCAGGGGUCCCUUUACCUUAUAUCUGACUCCUGCCUGCUGCGCAGGUAGUCCGGUAAGAGUAAACCACCGGUAGGGGGAGCCCUGUCGAUGCAAACUAACUCAAGCUCCCCCUGGUGUUCCCAUCGGGGUCGUGUCAAGGCUCUAGCCCCCAACCAGGCUUCAGACAAGAUCACACCCCCAGAUUCCUUUAACGGAAUACCUUUAAGCAUGGAAGGGCAGGUGAUGGCCACACCUCACCUCCCCCACACAAGGUCCAACAAUGCCUAGCCGCCACAAGAGCCCAAAGGCUCGCCACCAAAUACCCUCACAUCUGUAACCAAUGCCUCAAGCCAUCUGCAAUAUCGGCCAGCCAUAUAUCAUUCCCCCAGUCGGAAAGGUGCACGCCAUUGUCGCAAAAUAAGGCCAUCUUGCUGAAAACUAUGGAAGGGUGCACGAUCACCCGGCCAUUCAAAGCAAUCACUUUCUGUGAAAUGGAAAGAUUCAAUCGCUUCCGGGCACGGUCUGUUGCGGCUGGGGAAUUGCUGCCACGCCAAAUGCUGUUCCUCAGAACCUCUUUUGACAGGAUGUAGAGAUGCAGGGCUUGCUUCAGUGGGUGGUAGGGUCCGGCAUUUGCUGAGCCCCCAAGAUGACAAAGGGCCCACCUAAUAAUAAUAAUAAUAAUAAUAAUAAUAAUAAUAAUAAUUUAUUUAUACCCCAGCCACUCUGGGUGGCUCCCAACAGAAUAUUUAAAAUGCAAUAAAACAUCAAACAUUAAAAACUUCCCUGAACAGGGCUGCCUUCAGAUAUCUUCUAAAAGUCAGACAGUUGUUUAUUUCCUUGACAUCUAACGGGAGGGCGUACCACAGGGCGGGUGCCACCACCGAGAAGGCCCUCUGCCUGGUUCCAUCCUCACUUUUCCUAGAGCCACCAGAAAGACAAGAUGAGACAAUGUUUGAUUCACACAUCUCACCCCACAGAAGGUGCCGUGCCCAAUGGUCCCCCAAACCAUGGAGCUGGUACUAAAAUCCAGGAUAUUCAACUGCUUGGGAAUUCCUAGAACCCAGCACACUCCAAGCAGAGCUGCCUCACCCAUGAGGCAAAGUGAGGCAACCGCCUUGGGUAGCAGAAUCCACAAGGGCAGCAAAUCUUGAUGUAGAUCUUUAGUCCCCCACCCUCUUUUUUCUUGAUGAAAAUCUCCACUCACCCAUUCUUCCAUGGCAGGGAGAGAGGUGCCAUUUUGCCAAAAUGUCUUGGGCAAGCCUUGACUUCAGCUAUGUCAUUGGGAGGUGCUGAGGGUCUCUUGAGCAUGCUAUGACCCAAGAGCCCACCAAUAAUAAUAAUAAUAAUAAUAAUAAUAAUUUAUUUAUACCCUGCCCAUCUGGCUGGGCUUCCCCAGCCACUCUGGGCAGCUCCCAACAGAAUAUUAAAAACACAAUAAAACAUCAAACAUUAAAAACUUCCCUAAACAGGGCUGCCUUCAGAUAUCUUCUAAAAAUCAGAUAGUUGUUUACCGGUAUUUCCUGGACAUCUGAUGGGAGGGCCUUCCACAGGGCGGGCGCCACUACCGAGAAGGCCCUCUGCCUGGUUCCCGGUAACCUCACUUCUCGCAGUGAGCUAAACAAAUGGUGAUUUCUAUUGUUUGAAUUGCAGCCUGCACUGUGGCACAAGAUGCUGUCAGUGGCGUAGCGUGGGGGGUGCAGGGGGGGCUAGCCGCACCGGGCGCAACAUCUGGGGGUUAGGGUUAGGGGGCGCAAAUCCACGGGUUAGGGGGCGCAAAUCCUCGGGUUAGGGGGCGCAAAUUACUUGCCUUGCCCCGGGUGCUGACAACCCACGCUAUACCACUGGAUGCUGUUGCGUGUAACUGGGCCUCUUGGCAUCAUGGGAAAUGUAGUUUACAUGUUGAAAGACACUACAGUGGUGCCUCAGGUUACAUAUGCUUCAGGUUACAUACGCUUCAGGUUACAGACUCCGAUAACCCAGAAAUAGUGCUUCAGGUUAAGAACUUUGCUUCAGGAUGAGAACAGAAAUCGUGCUCUGGCGGCACGGCGGCAGCAGGAGGCCCCAUUAGCUAAAGUGGUGCUUCAGGUUACGAACAGUUUCAGGUUAAGAACGGACCUCUGGAACGAAUUAAGUACUUAACCUGAGGUACCACUGUAUAUGCCAGCAGCAGCCAGAGUGGCAGCAAAGGAGUCCAUUCUUCCCCCCACUCCCUGGCUUGUUCAUAAGACCUACAGAUGAACAGGAUCGGGUCCCUAACCCCCCCCCCCCCAGUGCACAGGUGUCUUAUCUGUACCCAAUUCAAGAUCUGACAUGUUAUCUAAAUCAAUUAAUUCAAAUAGCAGAUUAUUUACUGAUGUAGCUCCACUCAGAAAUAACAGGAAGAAUGCUUCCUGCGUUAAGUUAGGCAAGGCAGCAUCUGGCAAUGUUUGUGCCCUAGCACAACAUUUUAAUACAUUUAGAUUAAUAUGUUUAUCAAUAACUUUGAAUUGAUAGCAAUUAGCUACAGACUGUAGCUCUCUCCCUUUUUUGUAUCUGUUUGCCUGUUGACAGGCUUCUGGAUGGUGUGCAUAUGGCAAACACUCAGGAGACCCAGGGUGGAUCUGCACACCACAUGCUAUAAAUAUGUCAGAAAUUAAAUCCUUAUAACAAAAUUAAAAAAAACCACUAUGUAAAAUUGUUGCAUUCAACACACUGUUUUAUGACUAACGUAGGAGAGGCCCCAGGUCACAGUUGGGUUUUAUCAUUACUCUCAUAGAAUCAUAGAGUUGGAAGAGACCACAAGGGCCAUCGAGUCCAACCCCCUGCCAAGCAGGAAACACCAUCAGAGCACUCCUGACAUAUGGCUGUCAAGCCUCUGCUUAAAGACCUCCAAAGAAGGAGACUCCACCACACUCCUUGGCAGCAAAUUCCACUGUCGAACAGCUCUUACUGUCAGGAAGUUCUUCCUAAUGUUUAGGUGGAAUCUUCUUUCUUGUAGUUUGGAUCCAUUGCUCCGUGUCCGCUUCUCUGGAGCAGCUGAAAACAACCUUUCUCCCUCCUCUAUGUGACACCCUUUUAUAUAUCUGAACAUGGCUAUCAUAUCACCCCUUAACCUCCUCUUCUCCACUGCUUGAACAGUGUGAGAUACAGAAGUUUCUGUUUGUGAGAAUAUGUGUGAGUGAGAGAGAUCAUAAUGAUAUCAGGGUUCCUGGCUGCGCAGAGAGUCUACAGAAAUAGAUAGAUAGAUAGAUAGACAGAUCGAUAUAGAUAGAUAGAUAUAGACAGACACAUAUAUACAGUUGUACCUUGGUUUUCGAACAGCUUAGUUCUCAAACAUUUUGGCUCCUGAACGCCGCAAACACAGAAAGAACUGUUCCGGUUUGCAAACUAUUUUUGGAAGAGCCAAACGUCCAAUGGGGCUUCCGCGGCUUCCAAAAAGCUGUGCUUUGGUUUCCGAACGUUUUGGAAGUCAAACAGACUUCCGGAACGGAUUCCAUUCGACUUCCAAGGUAUGACUCCGUGUGUGUGUGUGUGUGUGUGUGUGUGUGUGAGAGAGAGAGAGAGAGAGAGAGAGAGAGAGGCAAGGCCUGCCAUUGCAAUGCUGCUCAGCAUUACCUGCACUGAUUACAUCAUGGGUAGGCAAACUAAGGCCCGGGGGCCGGAUCUGGCCCAAUCGCCUUCUAAAUCCGGUCCACGGACGGUCUGGGAAUCAGCGUGUUUUUACAUGAGUAGAAUGUGUCCUUUUAUUUAAAAUGCAUCUCUGGGUUAUUUGUGGGGCAUAGGAAUUCAUUCAUUCCCCCCCCCCCAAAAAAAUAUAGUCCGGCCCCCCACAAGGUCUGAGGGACAGUGGACCGGCCCAUGGCUGAAAAUGUUUGCUAACCCCUGGAUUGUAUGAACAGGGUCAGUGUCACUGUGUAAAAGAUUUCCCCAGCCCUGAAUAAUGCAACAAGUGCUCUCUGCAACAAGCCUCAGUAGGAGGAAGAUCAGCAAUACCCGAGAUCCCCUUUAAACAUUACACAAAUGGCAUGGCUGCUUGCCACCAGCACAUCAUGCAUCAUUAUAAAGCUUCCAUUCUGUCCUAUCAUGCUCUUAAGGGCAGUUUGUGCGAUUAAAUAUCGCACCCCAUGAGAUUUGUUGCCGUGCCUGACCACUUAGGAGGAUGGAAACUUUGUGUCACUAGAGCAAUGGAGGGAAUAACCACAGGAAGAUAAAUAACCACAGUGUUGCUAAAACCAGGACUGAAUUAAACGCUGGAAGCAUGGCUGGCCCAGGCAUUUUGGUUCCCCCAGUACUUCAUUCCAUCUGGUAAAAGAUGCUGGAGUGCCAUUUCCAGAGCCUGCACAGCCUUGUGUGCAACGCAAGAUGAGUUUGGAUUUGAUAUCCCACUUUAUCACUACCCAAAGGAGUCUCAAAGCGGCCAACAAUCUCCUUUCCCUUCCUCCCCCACAACAAACACUCUGUGAGGUGAGUGGGGCUGAGAGACUUCAAAGAAGUGUGACUAGCCCAAGGUCACCCAGCAGCUGCGUGUGGAGGAGCGGGGAAGCGAACCCGGUUCACCAGAUUACGAGUCCACCACUCCUAACCACUACACCACACUGGCUCUCUCAACUCUCAACUCAACUCUCUCAACUCAACGCAAGAGUUGUGACUCAGCAUCCUUUGUAGUUCAGAUGUCCAAGUUAGUCUCAGGACACAUUUUUCCUCGCAGUCAGUGCUCUGAGGCAUGGAAGUGUUUUUUUAGCAACACAAACCGUUCUCACAGAUUAUCAGACUCUAUAAUAAGCUGGGUGCCACAUAGCAAUGAAGGAUUAAUGCUUUCAGAUCAUGUAUGAUCAGGCAUGGUGGCUUACAUGUGCAAUCCAAAAAUGCUUGGAAAACAUAUAGGCUAUUUUUAUUAUUAUUACCCAUGAAAUGACGAGCGUGCCUUGUCGUGCCUUGAUUACAAGUUUGUAGGGCCACCAGGGGCUGGAUAAAUUUAUCUGGGGGAGGUCCCAGUUCCAGCCCAGUUGUCCAUUUCUGCUCCAUGGUUUUGCAAGAAAUCUAGAGGUGCGCCUCUCAGAUUGUAGGUUGCAGGUCAAUUUAGGACCUUUAAAAACGGUGUCUGUCCAGCUUAGAGGAUGGUUUGGGUCGCUUCUGCACUUGGCCAGUCCUUAGUGGGGUGUGUGUGGGAGGUAUGGGGGUGAGGUAACCAGGAUGGGCUUAUCCCUGGUUGGAGGGGCAUGCCAAAAUCCCAACAUCCUAGAAAAAUGCAACCUGUGCUUCAGAUAGAAGUAGUGCGACUCAUGCAACACGUUGGCAAUUAAUAUACACAGAAUAAUCAAUUAUACAUUCUUUAUCAACCUUCUGAGAAAAAUACAAAACAUUAAACAAAGCCACAGAGACUUGCGAACUACCCAACCUAUAAUGUCUGGUUUCAAAAGAUUUUUCAAUUGCUUAACUCAGUCUUUUAGAUAAGUUCAUGAAGAUACCAACAAAAGGUAAAGGGACCUCUGACCAUUAGGUCCAGUCGUAGCUGACUCUGGGGUUGCAGAGCUCAUCUCGCUUUAAUGGCCGAGGGAGCCAGCGUACAGCUUCCGGGUCGUGUGGCCAGCAUGACUAAGCCCCUUCUGGUGAACCAGAGCAGCGCAUGGAAAUGCCAUUUACCUUCCCUUUCGAACUGCUAGGUUGGCAGCAGCAGGGACCAAGCAAUGGGAGCUCACCCCGUUGCGGGGAUUCGAACCGCCAACCUUCUGAUCAGCAAGUCCUAGGCUAUGUGGUUUAACCCACAGCACCAACCGCGUUCCUAGUGGAGUUGUAGAUAGAUGUUAAUGAAGUUGUAGACUGUUGAUAGAAACGUCCCAACAUCCAGCUACCAAGUGGAAAAAUAAUUACGCUAGGCCAGGGAGCCUCCUGGCACGCAGCGUUGCACCUCAGUUGCAUCAUUCACCCUCUGCUGCUUCUCAGGUAUGUCCCAGGCACCCUUCAGUCUGGCCCACCUCCCUCAGUCAUGGGCGCCCCCCCCCCACUUCGCCAACAUCUAUACAUAUGAGUAGUAAGUCUCUGGACUUCUGACGUCAGACUUCCUGGAUCCCAGCCAGGAACAGGAUCCGACCAUUAGUCCCUUUUGUCCUAGCAAACAACUGUUAGCUCAGUUCCUUAUUGGAAGGCUCUCAGCAAAGUGCUGACCUGCAGGACUCCACAAAAAAGGAAUUAAUAAGCAACCCUGUAUUAUUAAAUCAUCUAUUCCCAUCUAAUUAAUCAUUUAUUUGUCCAGCAAAAAGAAAGCUGGCUAUAUAACAGUGUUUCCUAAACUUCUGGUAGCUAGGGCACUUUUUUUCUUUGAAUCAAAGCGGGGGGCCACUUCUUCACUUUUGCACCCAAAAUGACUUAUUAACAGAGUGUGAAUUAGCUGCCUUCAGAGGAGCCCACCGCUGUGUUUCUGCAUGAGUCACUGUUCUGAGUGAGGCUUCUUUUUGGAGCUAGGCAAGCUCAAAGCAGUCAUCGGUCUAUUCUGUCUCAGCUAGAAUGGGCUUUUUAAAAACCUGGAGUUUUUUGGUUGUUGCUCUGAUCACUGCAUUUUUGCAUUUCUGCACUGUACAUUGUGAUGCUGCUACUUUAGCACCUAGAGUGUCUUUCAAUGGGCUGCCAUGCAAAUUUAAUUCAAUACUAAAGGUAAAGGGAACCCUGACCAUUAGGUCCAGUCAUGACCGACUCUGGGGCUGCGGCACUCAUCUCUCUUUACUGGCCGAGGGAGCCGGCGUACAGCUUCCAGGUCAUGUGGCCAGCAUGACGAAGCUGCUUCUGGCGAACCAGAGCAGCGCACGGAAACACCGUUUACCUUCCUGCUGGAGUGGUACCUAUUGCACUUUGAUGUGCUUUCGAACUGCUAGGUUGGCAGGAGCUGGGCCCGAGCAAUGGGAGCUCACCCCGUCGUGGGGAUUCGAACCGCCGACCUUCUGAGCCGUCCAUUUCUCAGAAGAAAUUAGGGACGUCCCAUUCCAUAAUGAUAAUUUUACUGUUUAUACCCCACACAUCUUACUGGCUUGCCCCAGCAAUUCUGGGCAGCUUCCAACAUAUAUAAAAACAUAAUAAUACAUUUAGCAUUUUAAAAAAAUCUUCCCUGUACAGGAUUGCCCUCGGACGGCUCGGGGGUCGGAUAACUCCAUGCCCUCCACAUUUCUCCAAUGAAAAUAGGAACGUUCCGGGAUCAAAGCAGAAACCAGGAUGGCUUCUCUAAAGCAGGGACAUCCCUGGAAAAUAGGGACAUUUGGAUGGUCCGGAGGUCAGGGAUUGCCCAUGAGGAAGCUCAUUAUAGCUUGGCUCAGCACAGGUCAUUUGGUUUAACCUAAUAGGUAUUGUUAUGAAUGUGGGUGGUCAGUCUGGAUGAAAUUAUUAUUAUAUUAUUCUUAUUAUCAGUGCAUUCCCUCCGCCCCAAAAUGAGGGGUCCUCUCAUUUUGACUCAAGAAAAUCAUGUUAUAGUUCAAAUUGGGAAAAAUAAAUACAGUCAUACCUCGGGUUGAAUGUGCUUCAGGUUGAGCGCUUUUGAGUUGAGCUCUGUGGCAACCCAGAAGUAACGGAGCGCAUUACUUCCAGGUUUCGCCGCUCGCGCAUGCGCAGACGCUCAAAAAUGAUGUCACACGCAUGCGCGGAAGUGGCAAAAUGCGACCCACGCACGCGCAGACACUCUAUCGUGUCUUACGUUCUGCUCAGGAUGCAAACGGGGCUCCCGAGGUACCACUGUACAGUAAAUGGACAAAAGGCCGCCAUCAAGGGUAGCAACGGAACUGACGAUUCACCAUGGUAAAGAAGAAACUAAAAAUUAUAAAAAUUUAAGUUUCUUCUCCCAUUAGAUUCACAAAAUGUUUAGGGGGUAUGCAUACCCCUGCAUCCCCCAGAAAAAAGCACUGAUGAUGAUGAUGAUGAUGAUGAUGAUGAUGAUUAUUAUUAUGCAUGUAACGCCCUUCAUCCAACGAUCACAGGAAGUUUAUGGUAUAAAAACAUAGAAACACAUAACAUAAAAACAAAUGAAACAAUCAUCCCCCUCACUUUAAAAGGCCACGGAUUCUGUAAUUAGCCCAAGGCCUGGAAGAAGAGGAAUGUUCUUACUGGGCAUCUAAAGAUCUGCCGUGAAGGUGCCAGGUGAGCCUUCGUGGGGAGUGCAUUCCAAAAAUGGGGAGCCACUGCAGAAAAGGCCUGUUCUGAUGUACCAUAUAUUUUGCUCUAGGAGGCCUAGUUUGGUCAGAAUCGAGUAUACACUUCCCAAGUUAAAGCUAAAUACAUCACAUCUGCUAAAUGAGCCACCAUAGCUGAUGGAGGGCUGCGGAAAUUUGUGUCCCAGGCUUUUUAGACUCAUCUACCCAUGUGGGACAAGUUGUGGUGCGGGUGGCACUGUGGUCUAAACCACAGAACCUAAGGCUUGCCUAUCAGAAGGUUGGCGGUUCAAAUCCCCAUGACAGAGUGAGCUCCCAUUGCUCGGUCCCUGCUCCUGCCCACCUAGCAGUUCGAAAGCACGUCAAAGUGCAAGUAGAUAAAUAGGUACCGCUCUGGCGGGAAGGUAAACAGUGUUUCUGUGUGCUGCUCUGUUUUGCCAGAAGCGGCUUAGUCAUGCUGCCCACAUGACCUGGAAGCUGUCUGCGGACAAACGCUGGCUCCCUCGGCCAGUAAAGCGAGAUGAGCGCCGCAAUGCCAGCGUCAUCCGCGACUGGACGUAACGGUCAGGGGUCCCUUUACCUUUACCUUUAACCGUGUGCUAUCUGAAACCAAAGGGGCGCAUGGGUUGCCAGAGGCGACGCAUAUUGUAUGCGGGUGGCGCUGUGGUCUAAACCAUUCAUCCUCUUGGGCUUGCUGAUCGGAAGGUCGGUGGUUCAAAUCCCCAUGAUGGGGUGAGCUCCCGUUGCUCUGUGCCAGCUCCUGCCAACCUAGCAGUUCGAAAGCACGCCAGUGCAAGUAGAGAAAUAGGUACUGCUUUGGCGGGAAGGUAAAUUGCGUUUCCGUGCACUCUGACAUCCAUCACAGUGCUCUGUUGCGCCAGAAGCAGUUUAGUCCUGCUGGCCACAUGACCCGGAAAGCUGUCUGCGGACAAACGCCUGCUCCCUUGGUCUGAAAGCGAGCGUCGCAACCCCAUAGUCGCCCUUGACUGAACUUAACCAUCCAGGGGUCCUUUACCUUUAUCUUUUUAUAUUGGCAUUACAGUCAGCUCUCCUCCCCCCCAUUGUUAUGUACUUAAGUGUGAUUGACAAUUACAAUGUGCUGUAUUAGGUGUGUCCUUAAAAGACUGCUUUGAAGCUGUAGCUAGCGCACGUCGUGGCUGCCCACUUCCUUUUGCUUGCGAGUAUGAAAUGAACAUGCCGCCACCGGCUGCUUCUUAGCUUCCGGGCCUAGUUCAAAGCACCGGCGGUUAGCCUUAAAGACCUUUACAGCCUGCGUAUGUUGUACCAGAGGCUGCCUUAUCACUUAUAAACUCUUUAGGGGAGGUGAAAUCCUGCCCAAGAUUCUGUCUCCUGCCAACACAUGGAGCAGGGCUGCGGAGGCAGUGCAAGACCGUGACUCACUUCCUAAGGUGUCCCGACAGAGUUGGACUUGCAUCUUCUUUCCAAGGCUUUCCUGUGCAGGUGCGUGUUGUAUCUUUAGGGUAUUAUCAUCCAUAAUCCAUGUUAAUAUGCUUGCAGGUUUGAUCCCUGUAUGGGCCAGCUGAGUGUUCCCUCAUUGCAGAGGGUCAGAACAGAUGAUCCUCAGGAUCAGUGCUUUAUUUUUUAAAAAAAUGUUUAGGGGUACUCUCAUUUUGACUCGAGAAAAUCACCAUUUUAUAGUUCGAAUCGGGGGAAAUAAAUACAGUAAAGGGACAAAAGGCCGCCAUCAGGGGUAGCAAUGCAACUGACAAUUCACCUUGCUAGGGAAGAAACUAAAAAAAUUAUUCUUUUUAAGAUUUUUCUCCCGUUAGAUUCACAAAAUGUUUAGGGGUAUGUGUACCCCUGCACUCUCCCCCCAUGAAAAAAAGCAGUGCUCAGGAUCCCUCCCAGUUCUGUGAUUCGAUGUAGCAAUGGCAUAGUUUCGUUUGUAUCUAGGUAUGAUUUUAUCCAGUGCUUUUUUUUUUCUUAAAAAAAAUGUUUAGGGGUACUCUCCUUUUAACUCAAGAAAAUCACCAUUUUGUAGUUCAAAUCGGGGGAAAUAAAUACAGUAAAUGGGCAAAACUACAAAGAUGCACAAAAUGUUUAGGGGCAUGCAUAUCCCUGCGUCCCCCCCAGAAAAAAAGCACUGAUUUUAUCAAGAAAUGCUAAGCUGCUUUGAAGUCGAAUGUGGGGCAAAUGACCGGGUGUCACUGACCCCUGUCCCCUUGUGUCUCUACAUGUGGGAAGGUGUGUCACAAUAAUUCAUUGCAUUAGGAUUUCCACACCUCCAGCUCCCUGCAGGUAGCAGGCAGUGAAGUGUAAGGGGGGGGCGGGUUGCCAAGAAGGGGAGGACACAGAAAUGCCUUCACAGCUAGCACCAUUUUAAUAGAUUUCUAGCCCGCCUCUGAAGGUGUAUGUUCUCCCAAGCCAGAUUACAACAGAUCAAUACAAGUCGACGUUAAAAGCCUAAAAUUUAAAAUGGGAUUUUCUAAAAUAACCUAACAUUAAAAUAGCAGUGCAUAAAACAGUCAUUAAAUAUCACAACCAUUAAAUCAUCCAAAUGUAAACCAGAAAGAAUAAGUAUUUAAGGCUUUUCUAAGGCCGACAGAAGGACGCGGGUGGCACUGUGGGUUAAACCACAGAGCCUAGGACUUGCCGAUCAGAAGGCUGGAGGUUCGAAUCCCCGUGACGGGGUGAGCUCCCGUUGCUCGGUCCCAGCUCCUGCCCACCUAGCAGUUCGAAAGCACGUCAAAGUGCAAGUAGAUAAAUAGGUACCACUCCGGCGGGAAGGUAAAUGGCGUUUCCGUGCACUGCACUGGUUUGCCAGAAGUGGCUUUGUCAUGCUGGCCACAUGACCUGGAAGCUGUACGCCAGCUCCCUCGGCCAAUAAAGCGAGAUGAGAGCCGCAACCCCAGAGUCGGUUACGACUAGACCUAAUGGUCAGGGGUCCCUUUACCUUUUUAAGGUCAACAGAGCAUGGGGUGUGUGUGUGGAGAGGGAGAAGUCAUACGAAUUUCCCUCGGGAGGGCAUUUCAGAGAUAAGGGGCCCAAUUCAGAGGAGGCCCUGUGAUGCAAUGAUGUUGUGCCAGCCAUUGGUGUAUUUUAAAAAAUGUUAUCAGGGAGGCAUGGGUGCAGGGAGAGGCACAGUUUGGCAGUGCGCAUGUGCUCCCCGUUAUGCAUAACUGGGUGUGAAUUUUGCAAACUGGGCACUCAGGUAGACUGUAAGUGUUAAAUCUGAAUUCGUAGAGCUGUAUUGUGCAAUGGUAAUGAUGAGAUUCUUAAGAGAAGCAGUAUGGUAAACCAGUCAGAGCAGGGGUAGCCAACAUGGUGCCCUCCAGAGUCCAGACAUGGCUAGAAUCCAGCUUCCACCAGCACCAUGUACCUGUUGGUUGGGGUGAUAGGAACUGUAGUCCAACAAUAAUCUGGAGAGCACCAGGUUUAAACUUCCACUCAGCCAAAGAGCAAACUCAUUACUGUGGUACCGCGAUUUACAAACAGUCCUGUUUACGAACUAUUCGGUUUACGAACUCCGCAAAACCGGAAGUAGUGUCCCAGUUUGUGAACUUUACCUCAGUCUACGAACGGAAGCUGAACGGUGGAAGGGCACCAAUGGCGGGAGGCCUCAUUAGGGAAGCGCACUUCAUUUUAAGAACGGUUUCAGUUUAAGAACGGACUUCAGGAAUGGAUUAAGUUCGUAAACCGAGGUAGCACUGUAUCUGUCACCAUUAGCCUACCUCAGAGGAGUGUUUUGAAGAUAAAAUGGAUGGCUGGAGAACAUGGAUGCUGCCUUGAACUUCUUUGGGGAAAGGGGGGGGGCAGAUAGACAGACAGACAGGCAAAAUUGAAAAGAAAAACUGGAUGUAUGUUUCCAAAAUAUAAGAUAAAAAACAAAUUAAGUAAAACCUACAUACAGCAACAGUGUUUUGUGUUGUGUAGACUCCUAUGAUGUAAGUCAUGGGCCCCGCCUGCUAGCCUGCUCCCUAAAAUAUCACUGGUUUGCUCAUUUCUAUAUACAGUGGUACCUCGGGUUACAUACGCUUCAGGUUACAUACGCUUCAGGUUACAGACUCCGCUAACCCAGAAAUAGUGCUUCAGGUUAAGAACUUUGCCCCAGGAUGAGAACAGAAAUCGUGCUCCGGUGGUGCGGCAGCAGCAGGAGGCCCCAUUAGCUAAAGUGGUGCUUCAGGUUAAGAACAGUUUCAGGUUAAGUACGGACCUCCAGAACGAAUUACCGGUAAGUACUUAACCCGAGGUACCACUGUAUAGGGUGCCUACAUUCUGCAUGGACUGGUUUGCAUGGCAUCAUGUGCAAAUGGCUUUAGAUACCUAUUAGGUCCAUAAGUUACCAUAUAGCAUAUAUUCAACACAAAAAACAGCGACAGUUUGUUGUUGACAAAGGAUAACUGGACAUAUAAAGGGCCCCAUUACCUUCAGUAGCUUAGGGCCUCAUCAAACCUAAAUCCGGCCCUGAAGGCAUCCUAACUUGAACUGGGAGUACACCCCUUGACCAUGCAAGGUAAUGCAGAGCCUGCGUCUAUGGUUGAGCCGAGCCGGCUUGAGGGUUUGCUGACUUGGAAGGCCCUGGAGCCCCCAAACACAGCUCGGUCAAGCUGCGGCCCCAUAACUUUUCUACUAGUUUGGAGGCCUGAUGAGAGGCAUCAGGCAGAAAAUGGCAGCUGUCUUCAUUGGCUGCCUUGCCACCCUCCUACAUAGUGACCUUUGGAGCUGCUGCUGGGAAACGCAAGCCGCCCCCUUUCUCCUGAAGGGGCACUUUGUGACGUUUGUGCGGUUUGCAAUAUUAACCAGGUAGCCUCAGGAGGCCCCUGAAAGCCAGGCAGCAGCUUCUGAGCAGAGCUGGCCUCUCCCAGAUGGUGUCCAGUGAGAGGUUAAUGGGGUGAGUUAACCUGGGUGAAUGUACUUGUGCAGCCAGGCUAAGCUCUGUGCAAGUCCAUAGGAUUAGGCAAUCCAUUCGCUUUAUAAAUGGGCAUUAGCUCAGGGUCACCAAGAGAGAAAGAUGCUGAUGCGACAAGUCCUUGGUGAUGGAGCUGCAGCACUUUUUACUGGGAGCACACCCAUGGGAUCAUGGGCACAAAUACUUCCCUCCCCCAGUACCCCUCCCCAUGCAGAAUCAGAUGCUCAUUGAAUACCCACGAACAGCAUGAAACUCACUGUGAGAUAAUAAUUAAUAAUAAUAAUAAUAAUAAUAAUAAUAAUAAAAAAUUAUUUACACCCCGCCCAUCUGGCCGGGCCUCCCCAGCCACUCUGGGCGGCUUCCAACAAAACACUAAAAUACAAUAACCUAUUAAACAUUAAAAGCUUCCCUAAACAGGGCUGCCUUCAGAUGUCUUCUAAAAGUUUGGUAGUUAUUUUUCUCUUUGACAUCUGGUGGGAGGGCGUUCCACAGGGCGGGUGCCACUACCGAGAAGACCCUCUGCCUGGUUCCCUGUAACUUGGCUUCUCGCAGUGAGGGAACCGCCAGAAGGCCCUUGGCGCUGGACCUCAGCGUCCGGGCAGAACGAUGGGGGUGGAGACGCUCCUUCAGGUAUACUGGACCGAGGCCGUUUAGGGCUUUAAAGGUCAGCACCAACACUUUGAAUUGUGCUCGGAAAUGUACUGGGAGCCAGUGUAGGUCUUUCAAGACUGGUGUUAUGUGGUCUCGGCGGCCGCUCCCAGUCACCAGUCUAGCUGCCACAUUCUGGAUUAGUUGUAGUUUUUGGGUCACCUUCAAAGGUAGCCCCACAUAGAGCGCAUUGCAGUUGUCCAAGCGGGAGAUAACUAGAGCAUGCACCACUCUGGCAAGACAGUCCGCGGGCAGAUAGGGUCUCAGCCUGCGUACCAGAUGGAGCUGGUGAGAGCAGUGUAUAACCAACCGGGCAUCGUGGAACAUUAUUUGUAUUUAUGUGUGCUGCUCCCCUAGCGCGUAAGAAAACCUCUCUGUGUGUGGCUUGGGGGCACACACUCAUUCUCUCAUUUUCCCUGCCUGAAACGGGCCAUUUGUACCAAUGGACGUCAAUUGUGGCACAACAGCAUAAUUUGUGUCCUCACUUCCUGGAUGCACAUUUACCUUUCUGAACAUUGCCUGUGUGUGUGAGCAUCAACAAUCUCUUCCUCUCAUUACAAUCUCGCACAGGGAGAUCUUCCAAGAGGGCUGUGUGCCCCUUUGGAAUAAGAUCUUCCUGCUUCUUCCCACUCUUACUACCGGUUAUGUAUUCAGUGGUUUGUGUUUGUCUGAGCUUGAGUCUGGACUCAGGAUUCUGAGCUCCUGUGCUCUGAUUCGAUACAUGAUGUCCAGUCACAGAACAUUUCAGCAUUUGGGCCUCUGCCAUUGGCCCUUGAACUCUGAGUUGUGAUUCGCAGUUUGGAAGUUUAGAGAGCCAAUCAUGUUGGGAGUGGGAGUGGCCCAGGCUUUCAGGAAUGUAUAUAAGCGGUUGCUUUGCCCCUGUUUCCCAGUUAUGUAGUUUAAUAAAGGUUCUUGCUGUUAUCACUGUUAUCACUUCACUACCUAUAAACUUACACUUCACUACCCAAAUCUAAGGUGGGCUGCCUUAGGAUAAGUCUUGCACUGCGCAUGUAUGUCUAAACCAUACGUUUUCCCAGCCAAAUGUCUCCCAAGAGAGAAGGAUGUCAACAACAAGAAGAAAUUGGCAAUCCAUUAAGGAUUGGGUGGGUAAAGAUAUUAUGCAUAAAAACAAGCCUCUUUCAGUGUUUCACAAAUGAUACAAGGUUAGAUGCACAUAUUUUGUUCUUGGUUAUUUGUACAGUCUUGAAUACAUGUACUCUUCACUUCUGAGCAGUGACAAGUUCCAGGGAUAGUGCUACAUGGUGUCCUUGUAGUGUUUGCUUUACUUAUAAGCAAGCAGAGCAGAGCAAUUUGGAAGGAAACAGCUCUCUCCCCACAGCUGGCAGCAGCUGACACAUCCCAAACUCUAAACAGGUAUCUCAUUCCAAUGGCUGAAAAGGAAUCCUCAGCUAUCAGGAGAACAGUUCCUAUAAUUAGCUGUGUUUGAAGAUGCAUCCACUAAUUGUCCUGGAUAAUUAGCCAGUCAUCUGCUGAACAACAGAUAAGUCACCCAGCAUCCAUAACAAUAUUAUUAGGGGUUACACCAUAGUUCCCUGUUUAUGUAUCUAGGGAUUUGGUCAUCAGUAAGCGCGCCGGUUUGGGGGACUCAGAGAAUCAUUCCCUCUUUUCCAGAAUUGAAGGAAGAAGAAGACCAACUUGGGAAUCCUCAUUCCCUUUUAUCUUUCCUGAUAGGUUCCAAAUCCAAUAGCUUCCAUUCUCUGGAAUUUUCUGCUAUCCAGGUUACAAAAGCAGCAUCCAUACUAUUCAUUUGUCGCACCACUCCUGUGUGCUUGGUGAAGCAGGACACGGGUAUUCUCCUGUCCUGAUCAAGGUCUGUCCUCGUUUUGCAAACAAAAGUCAUCUUUCUAACAGGGCUUUCAGAACCCAGCAGUCUCUCCCCGCCCCAGUUAAGCUCAUGAUAUUUGUGGGGUCAAGAAGCAAAAGGAAUCCAGUCGCUCAGCUUCAGUGGUCCAUCUACACCAGGGUGACCAAGACCGUUUCAGUGCCAAAACGGAGCUUGAAACUGAAUCGAAAGGGGUCCAGAUCCUAGAGGCAACUUUUAAGUUGAUUUUCCACCACCUUCUUUCUUUCUUUCUUUUUAAAUAUUUUAUUAAAGUUUUCUUGGUUUUUCCCACCACCUUCUUGAGCUCCUUGCCCCCAAAGUGACAUCUGUGAAUUGGCUAUAGGUUCCUAAUUCUCUGGGGUCCAGGCAUGGGCGUAGCCAGGAUUUUUGAUGGGGGGCAGGAUUUUGUUUGGGGGUAUUUGUAUUGAUUUUGGGGGCAGCAUCCCCCCUGGCUAUGCCCAUGGGUCCAGGGAAAUUAUUUAAGGCUGCUGGCACUCUGCCCCUCAAAACGCACACAUGCAAUGAGGCAUUAAUUGCUCCCUGGACACUUUAACAGGAGCAAGUGUGGUGUCUAAUUCUACACAAAUCCAAGCAUUUUUCUCCUCAAUGCACCUAACGGGUUUGUCACAGCAGGCCUAUGGCGGCUUCCACAUCACUUCAUGCUACCACCACACUGAAAAUCUCCUCAGGGUGACUACUUUAGGGUGCAGCUGUGAUGCCCAGAAGUGCCAGGUUGGCCCCACGACCAUGGGUACCCAGGGCUGUGGGUGCUAUGCAGCGUUCAUUGCCCUGGCACCGAAAUUUGUGGGUGCCUGGCCCCUUCAUGGUAAAUUUUGUGGGUGCCCUGGCAUCCAGGGCCCCAGGAGUUGGCACCUAAUAAUUCUUUCUUUUUUUGAAUUUUUUUUAACUUGAUUUUACAAAUUCAUUCACACUUAUAAUCACAAAUAAUAAAAUUACACAAGAUUCUUCCGAAUCUCAAGACUCCCCUCCUCCCCUCCGUGGGUUCUUUAGUUAACUUUUUCAACUGCAUAUUAUAAAUCCUCCUAACUUUCAGUCCUCCAUUGUAUCCCAAGUCUAUGUAUCAUUACAAGAGUUAUUUAAGACCUGCCAAAGAGUUCAAGUGUUUAUACUGGUUUCUCAAAUAUACAGUACAGUCAUACCUUGGGUUGAAGUAGCUUCAGGAUGAAUAUUUUCGGGUUGCACUCUGCGGCGACCUGGAAGUAACGGAGCGCGUUACUUCCAGGCUUCGCCGCUCGCGCAUGUGCAGACGCUCAAAUGACAUCACGCGCAUGCAUGGAAGCAGCGAAUUGCAACCCGCACAUGCGCAGACACACAGACGUGGGUUGCGUUCGCUUCAGGAUGCGAAUGGGGCUCCGGAACGGAUCCCGUUCGCAUCCAGAGGUUGUUGCUGUUUAGUCGUUUAGUCAUGUCUGACUCUUCGUGACCCCAUGGACCAGAGCACACCAGGCACUCCUGUCUUCCACUGCCUCCCGCAGUUUGGUCAAACUCAUGUUAGUAGCUUCGAGAACACUGUCCCACCAUCUCAUCCUCUGUCGUCCCCUUCUCCUUGUGCCCUCCAUCUUUCCCAACAUCAGGGUCUUUUCCAGGGAGUCUUCUCUUCGCAUGAGGUGGCCAAAAUAUUGGAGUCUCAGCUUCAGGAUCUGUCCUUCCAGUGAGCAGUCAGGGCUGAUUUCCUGAAGAAUGGAUAGGUUUGAUCUUCUUGCAGUCCAUGGGACUCUCAAGAGUCUCCUCCAACACCAUAAUUCAAAAGCAUCAAUUCUUCGGCGAUCAGCCUUCUUUAUGGUCCAGCUCUCACUUCCAUACAUCGCUACUGGGAAUUGCUACAUCACUCUGGUAUCCAGAGGUACCACUGUAAUAUAAAAUUCUCCCAUUCUUUGUUGAAGUUUUGAUCCUUCUGGUUUCUGAUUUUCCCAGUCAUUUUUGCCAUCUCUGCAUAGUCCAAUAGUUAGUCUGCCAGUCCACUUUGGUAGGGACCCUGUCAUCUUUCCAGCCUUGGGCAAGCAGCAUUCUUGCAGCUGUUGUAGCAUACAUAAACUUUUCAGUUCUUUCAGUAUCUCUGCACCUACAAUUCAAUCAAUCAAUCAAUCAAUUUCUUUAUUCGACCGAUAGUCAGAAUUAAAACAUUACACAAUAAUUAUAAACUAUAACAUCAUAAGUUACAUAAGGUACAUAAGUAAGGUAGAGCCACAGUACUAGAUCUCUCACAGAUAACCCACGUCAAAGCAUUCAAUUAUACGUUUCCGACACUUGAGUGCCAGGAAAAGAAAUUUAGCCACUGACAAGGUUGUUUUCCCAGAAGACUUAUUUAGCAGAUAUGCUGUCUGCUUUCCUCUUUGUCGGGAACUGAGCUGGGGUAAGUAUGGAGUUAUAAGAUACUGUCUUAAAUCGUUGUAGAAGGGACAGCUCAAUAAAAUGUGCUCUGUGGAUUCUACCUCACCCAAUGCACAGUGGCAUAAUCUCUGGUCAUAUGGGACUCCUCCAUAUCUUCCCUUCAGGACCGCCGAGUCAAGAACAUUCAGCCUAGCCGCAGUAAAUAGUCUGCGGUAUUCCACAUAGUGGAUAUCCGCCAGGUAGCGAGCUGGGGCAGCCCGAUACAACUGCUCCCCAGAAACAACCCAGGUUUCACACGGGCUAUGUCCUCCUGUCUGGCAAUAUCCCUUAAUCUUUGCGCGAUCACCGCCUUUGCGUGGCUAUACGUCAUGGACUCUAUAUAAAGGGAGGACAACCCACACUUCUGCACUUCCUCCACUAUCUCCCCUUCCCAUGGAGAUUUAAAGUUAUCCCUCAGAAUCAAGGGGGCCAAACCCACCGGUCUGAAACAGAGCUUGAGCCAUAGCCAUAACUUCGCUUUCAGGGCCACAUACCUAAAGGCUUGGCAACCGGUUUCCAGCCUCAUGAUCGCACCUGCCACAGAGGGGGGGAUCCUGAGUAUGGCCCUGAGGAAUUGGGUUUGGAUAGAUUCCAAUUUUUCAAAAUCCCUACGUGAGCCCAAGGCAAUGCCCACCAGCAGAAGAGGGAGGACUUUCAUUUUAAAGAGACGUAAGGCAACAUUGACAGUUUGUGCCUGUUUCUUGGAGUACAGGGUUCUAAUCAUCAGGGCUGCUUUGGAUGCGUUCGAGGCUAUGUAUUCUCUGUGCGCCAGGAAGGACCUAUUUGAUCUUACAACCUGACCCAGGUACUUGAAGCAACUGACCUGCUCUAAAGGAAUACCGUUAAUUGACCAUAAAUUAGGUUUCGGUCGAGCAGCAAAGACCAUUAUUUUGGUCUUGGCAUAAUUUAAUUGGAGCUCGUGUUGGGUCUCAUAUUCAUGAAGAGCUCUAAGCAUCCUCCUUAAUCCGAUGGGGGAGGUAGCUAAUAGGGCGGCAUCGUCCGCAUACAGUAGGACAUUCAAGGCUCGUCCUGCCAGUUUUGGUGGAUGGAAAUCAGCAUUUGCCAUAUGCACCACUAGCGAAUUUAUAUAGAAGUUAAACAGAGCAGGGGCAAGCAAACAGCCCUGUCUUACCCCCCUAGUGGUGGCAACCGGAUUGGAGACUAGCCCCUUACUAUCUAUCCUAAUCCUCAAGAGGGUAUUUGUAUGCAAAUUAAUAAUCAGCAAGAGAAGGCGGCGGUCGAUAGAUGUCGCUGCCAAUUUUGUCCAUAGCUGGUUCCUGGGAAUUAGAUCAAAGGCCUGCUUAAAGUCUAUAAAGGCGACGUGGAGGGCUUUUAGGCCAUUGCCAGCGUACUUAGUGGCCAAGUGAUUUAGGAUUAAGAUUUGGUCUGUUGUUGAUCUUCCGGGCGGAAACCCGCCUGUUCCUCUGCGAUGAUAUUGUUGCUUUCCAUCCAGGUCGUUAAUUUGUUAAGUAGAAAUCUUGAAUAGAUCUUCCCGAUAACAUUUAGCAGGCUAAUUGGUCUAAAAUUGGCCGGGUCUGUGCGCGGCCCUUUCUUGUGAAUUAACACAAUCAGUGCAGAGUUCCAGCUUGGAGGAAAUUGUGCUGUUUUGUUUAUAUAAGUAAAAAGAGCUGCUAGGGGUGGACACCACCAAUCCUUAUUGGCUUUAAUAACAUCUAUGGAAAUAAGAUCGUCUCCGGGUGCCUUGCCCGCCUCAAAUUGGCCUAUAAGUGUUUCCACUUCAGAGCAGGUAACAGGAUCCCACGCUGGCAAGGGGCCAAAUCUAACCUUCCUCCGCUAGCUGCGUGAGCUGCAUAUAAAACGGAGAAGAAGCUUUCCCAGGUGUCAGCUGAAAUUUGGGGUUCUAUCCUUGACAACGGUCUACCCAGGUAUCUGGAAAUUUGGUGCCAAAAGGAGGAGGGAUUUCUAUUUUCUGCAGCUUUUAGAAGGUUCUUCCAAUCAUUUCUUUCUGCCGCACGCUUCUUUUCCUUUAAUAGUGCUUUAUACCUUCUCUUGAGGAUCAUAAGGUGACUGCUAGGUGCGGAGUCAUUUGAUGCCCUAUAUGCCAAGAAUUCAUUAUAUAGGUUGUUCUUGAAGUGCCUGCAUUCCUCAUCAAACCACUUUUUAUGAGAGAAAUGGUUACUAUUCAUUACCGGGGUCUUAGCCAGCGAAGGUUUUAGCAGUUCUACUAAAUUGUCAUAUAUUGGCAGUGGCUCAACUGCCUGGAUAAGAGAGUCCCUUGUCUCUUGCAGUUGGUCAGACCAAAGGAGUUCAUUUAUCCGUUGAGCCAUAUUAUCGGUCCAUUUUAAGGCAGUGGGCCUCAUCUGAAGCUGGUUAUUUGUAAUAGGCACGCAGGAGUAGGUAGCCAAUUCUCCAUCCAGGGUCAGAGAAAGUUCUAAUGGAAAAUGGUCACUUUCCAGCCUCGUUACCACCCUAAAGUUGGAAAUUUUGGGAAUUAGGUCUGCUGAUGUCCAAAUAAAGUCUAUGGUAGAGGCUCGGGAGCCUGACCAGAAAGUAAAUUCGGCAGGGUAAUCAGAACUGAGAGCUCCGUUUAAAAGGUGAAAAUUAAGAGCCAUCAAAGUUUGUCUACAUUUAAAACCUGCAUAUGUAGCAACACUGUCUUUAAAAUUCCUGGGUAAAAGGUCUGAGGUUAAAAUGGGUAGUGAGGGAUAUUUAUUAUAUUUAGCAAAUAAUGAUUUAUCAGAGUGAGACAAUCGGCCAUUGAAAUCUCCUGCACCUACAAUUCCUAACAAAAAGGCUUCUGGUUUUUUUUUAAACAAACAUUAGAAUAGAAUAGAAUCAUAGAAUCAUAGAGUUGGAAGAGACCACAAGGGCCAUCGAGUCCAACCCCCUGCCAAGCAGGAAACACCAUCAGAGCACUCCUGACAUAUGGUUGUCAAGCCUCUGCUUAAAGACCUCCAAAGAAGGAGACUCCACCACACUCCUUGGCAGCAAAUUCCACUGUCGAACAGCUCUUACUGUCAGGAAGUUCUUCCUAAUGUUUAGGUGGAAUCUUCUUUCUUGUAGUUUGGAUCCAUUGCUCCGUGUCCGCUUCUCUGGAGCAGCAGAAAACAACCUUUCUCCCUCCUCUAUGUGACAUCCUUUUAUAUAUUUGAACAUGGCUAUCAUAUCACCCCUUAACCUCCUCUUCUCCAGGCUAAACAUGCCCAGCUCCCUUAGCUGUUCCUCAUAAGGCAUCGUUUCCAGGCCUUUGACCAUUUUGGUUGCCCUCCUCUGGACACGUUCCAGUUUGUCAGUGUCCUUCUUGAACUGUGGUGCCCAGAACUGGACACAGUACUCCAGGUGAGGUCUGACCAGAGCAGAAUACAGUGGCACUAUUACUUCCCUUGAUCUAGAUGCUAUACUCCUAUUGAUGCAGCCCAGAACUACAUUGGCUUUUUUAGCUGCCGCGUCACACUGUUAGCUCAUGUCAAGUUUGUGGUCAACCAAGACUCCUAGAUCCUUUUCACAUGUACUGCUCUCAAGCCAGGUGUCCCCCAUCUUGUAUUUGUGCCUCUCAUUUUUUUUGCCCACGUGCAAUACUUUACAUUUCUCCCUGUUAAAAUUCAUCUUGUUUGUUUUGGCCCAGUUCUCUAAUCUGUCAAGGUCGUUUUGAAGUGUGAUCCUGUCCUCUGGGGUGUUAGCCACCCCUCCCAGUUUGGUGUCAUCUGCAAAUUUGAUCAGGAUGCCCUUGAGUCCAUCAUCCAAGUCAUUGAUAAAGAUGUUGAAUAAGACCGGGCCCAAGACAGAACCCUGUGGCACCCCACUAGUCACUCUUCUCCAGGAUGAAGAGGAACCAUUGAUGAGCACCCUUUGGGUUCGGUCAGUCAGCCAGUUACAAAUCCACUGAGUGGUAGCAUAGUCAAGACCGCAUUUUACCAGCUUCUUUACAAGAAUAUCAUGGGGCACCUUGUCAAAUGCCUUGCUGAAAUCAAGGUAGGCUACAUCCACUGCGUUCCCUUCAUCUACCAGGCUUGUAAUUCUGUCAAAAAACGAGAUCAGGUUAGUCUGACAUGACUUAUUUUUCAGAAAUCCAUGCUAUUAUUUUGAACAUUUUUUAAAUUCAUUGUAUAUCAUUUCCCAGAAUCCCUUUAUUACUUUACAAUUCUACCACAUGUGGUAAAAGGUGCACCUAAUAAUUCCUUGCUGCUGCCCACAGAGUAGGCACAUGGUAAUGUGCUCUUAUGUAUGGAAGUGAGAGCUGAGAGCUGGACCAUAAAGAAGGCUGAUCGCUGAAGAAUUGAUGCUUUUGAAUUAUGGUGCUGGAGGAGACUCUGGAGAGUCCCAUGGACUGCAAGAAGAUCAAACCUAUCCAUUCUGAAGGAAAUCAGCCCUGAGUGCUCACUGGAAGGACAGAUCCUGAAGCUGAGGCUCCAAUACUUUGGCCACCUCAUGAGAAGAGAAGACUCCCUGGAAAAGACCCUGAUGUUGGGAAAGAUGGAGGGCGCAAGGAGAAGGGGACGACAGAGGAUGAGAUGGCUGGACAGUGUUCUCAAAGCUACCAGCAUGAGUUUGACCAAACUGCAGGAGGCAGUGGAAGACAGGAGUGCCUGGCGUUCUCUGGUCCAGGGGGUCACGAAGAGUCGGACACGACUAAACGACUAAACUACAACAACAACGUGCUCUUGCCCGUGCUCAUUCAGACUUGUCUGAGGAUCUCAGCACUUGUGCUAUUGCUGCCAUCGCCUGCAGGCCCUCAAAACACCAGGGAGUUCUGUGGGCCCCACAGUGUCAGGGAGCAUGCCUGCUUGGGAGUGAUCCUGUUUCAUAAUGAGACCAGGGCUGUGGCUGAAGCACUGACCAUAUCGGCUGGAAAAUCCCCCAGAGCAUUCAGGAAUCUGCUAGGUCCCAUACAUCUUGGUUAAGGGUAGCCAAAUGUUGUGCGAUUGCCAUAAAAUUUAGGGAACAAACUGUGCUAUCGUAAUGAGUAAUGCCUUAAAUGAUAAUUUUAGGUUAUAUGUUAGUGACUUAGUUUUAAUUUAUAUAUUCUUUAACUGUUGCUAUAUCCAUAGCUGUCAACUUUUUCCUUUUCUUGUGAGGAAUCCUAUUUGGAAUAAGGGAAUUUCCCUUAAAAAAAGGAAAACAUUGAAAGCUUUGGCUAUAUCUGUAUUGUCCCUGUUAUACCUAACUGCAAAUUCAAGUGUAUCCCUAUUCUGUUUUACGACUUCCUUGAUAUUGUAUGUGGGCUGGAACUGGUCUGUGACCGAAAUAAUAAAAUUCAUUCAUUCAUUCAUUCAUUCAUUCAUUCAUCUCGGGGGGGGGGGGGGCAGACCAUCUCAAUGGAUCCUCCAUCCUAGAGGAGGAGAUACUGCCACAUCCAGGUGUCUCAGCAGGGAUGGAUCUGCCCAUAGCAACAAACUCCCCGCAAUCCCUGCUGCUAACAAGUCCUUCCUUUCCUGCUCUGUUGGGUUGCCUGCAUCACCACUAAGCAUGUGUGGAAUUCUGCAUAUAACAGCUUUCCAUAAGCCACUGCAAUGACCUGGAAAAGACACGGUUGUUGUGGCAGGCAGAAGGCUGAUUUGCACAGCAUUCAGUCAGUCAGUCAAUCAAUCAAUCAAUCAAUCAAUCAAUCAAUCAAUUAUUGCCCUUCCUUCUUCCCUGACAGGGACUCAAGGCAGUUUACUGAUAAAAUAAGAAUAAUCAGCACAUGAUUGGCCAUUCCUGCACUUUAAUACUUUCUGUGGACUUGCCAGUUAAGUGCUGAUGUGACUUGGCCCUGAGUACCUUUCAGAAGGGGACGCGAGUGGCGCGGUGGGUUAAACCACAGAGCCUAGGGCUUGCCAAUCAGAAGGUCGGCGGUUCAAAUCCCCGCGACGGGGUGAGCUCCCGUUGCUCAGUCCCUGCUCCUGCCCACUUAGCAGUUCGAAAGCACAUCAAAGUGCAAGUAGAUAAAUAGGUACAGCUCCGGCGGGAAGAUAAACGGCGUUUCAUGUGCUGCUCUGGUUCGCCGGAAGCGGCUUAGUCAUGCUGGCCACACGACCCGGAAGCUGUACGCCGGCUCCCUCGUCCAAUAAAGUGAGAUGAGCGCCACAACCCCAGAGUCGUCCGUGACUGGACCUACUGGUCAGGGGUCCCUUUACCUUUCAGAUGAUGCCACUUUAAAAAGAAAAUAAAAGUAGUUUGAAACGUAAAACAUCAGUGAUAUUUUUCAGCUCUCUUAGCUGAACUGUGCCAGGUUAUUUGACUUUGCGAAUGGCACUGUGGGCAGGUAAAAGGAAGAGACACAACCAUGUGCCGAAUGAUGGAGCAAGCCGGAGAAGAGGUUUUGUGCCUGCAAACCUGCUUUCCCUUUGCCAUGCCUGGGCUUGCCGCUGAAUGCCAUGAAUGCAGUGGCCAGAUGUCAGGUGGGAGAAGGGGAGAGGGGUCUGCUUGUCUGCAGGGAUCAGAGCAAGCAGGAAUGCGAGACGGGAGCUGGGGGAGGGGAGGGGGAAGAAGAGGUGAGCGCUGGCAUCCAACUGGCAUCCAAUGUCCUUUGGACACAUCCCAAGAGGCUCUGUUUGUCUUUCAGAGGGAAAAUGGCAGAGAGCUCCCUGUUUGCGCAACGGCUGCAGGCCAUUACUGUAAGUAUUCUUCCUCCCCCCCCCCACUACCCCUGCCCCACUUGUGCAGAAAUGGGGCUCAGGGUCCUCAGAUGAGGUCCAGCCUCUGUUGCCCACAGGAACUGCCCCCCACCCCCGUUCCAAAGCUGAGGGAGAGGGGGAGAGGUGGGUGGGAAGGCAGAGUGCCCAGAUCUGCAUGCCAGAACUAAGCGAUUCUCAUAAUAAUAGUGUAACUAGAGUGGGGGCGAUAGGGGCAACUGCACCAGGCACAACCUGGGCAGAAGGCACAGCUGUCAACGUUUCCCUUCUUUAAGGGAAAUUCCCUUAUUCCAAAUUCCUCGCAAGAAAAGGGAACAUUGACAGCUAUGGCAGAAGGGGUGCAGUGCCUGCUAUGUAUUCACGACCCUCAAAGCCACAUUGCAAUAUGUAAUGCUCUACAGUGGUACCUCGGGUUACAUACGCUUCAGAUUACAGACUCCGCUAACCCAGAAAUAGAGCUUCAGGUUAAGAACUUUGCUUCAGGAUGAGAACAGAAAUCGGGCUCCGGUGGCGCAGCAGGAGGCCCCAUUAGCUAAAGUGGUACUUCAGGUUAAGAACAGUUUCAGGAUAAGUACGGACCUCCGGAACGAAUUAAGUACUUAACCAGAGGUACCACUGUAUUUAUCAGUUUGGCAUCAUUAGGUAUUUUUAAAAGGCUGACAUGAACUGGCAGGGAGGCUUAUUGCGGCAGCUAGGCCAGGCCCAGUGGUGCUUUGUGGGCUGCUCCUUUGCCCUAUAGCCUAACAAUGGCUGUAGGUUGAAAGCACAUGACUUCCCCCAAAGGAUCCUGGGAACUGCCGUUUAAGCCCUCAAAGAGCUACCAUUCACAGCACCCUUAACAAACUACAGUACCCAGGAUCCUUUUGGGGAAGUCAUGUGCUUUAAACGUAUGGCAUGGACACAGUCAAAUGCAUUCAGCCGUGGGGAUGCUGCUGGUUUGAAGGAGAAUGUUGGUGGCAUGUGGCUGGCCAGCUAUUGCUGAUGGGAUGGCAGAUUGUGGGAUAUAGUUCUAAAAAAUUAUUUCUGGGCUUUACAGCUUCUCAUGACUGGCGGUUAAGGUGCAAGCAGCAGCAGCUGUCUAUCUUGAGCAGCCUAUUUAAAGCGCACACCACUAAGAAUCCUGGGAACUGUAGUUUACCGCUCACAGAGCUAUGAUUCCCAGCAUCCUUAACAAACUACUAUUCCCAGGAUUCCUUGGGGGUGCUUGCAAUGUAUGAUGUGUGUGCACUAUACCUUUAAAGCACAUUUGAAGCACAUUCCCUCCCCCCUGAAAGAAUUAUGAGUGCUGUGGUUUCUCAGGGCUGCUGGGAAUUGUAGUUUGUGAGGGGCAAACUACCACACUCGGGAUUCCUUGAGGCAAAGAAGGCGCUUAGAAUGUGCUUUGUGAAAUAUACUCAGAGUCAAGAGUGGAUUUCAUGCUCUUUAUUCAGCUCAUAGUAGUGAGGAGGAAUGGAAGUUCCCCCAGAAUGUCUGCUUUAUAUACAUUAUUUACACAAUGGGCCCCACGUGAUUGGCUAAUUCCGGGAUUCUCCUGUAAGCCAAUCAGGUCACGGAUUCACUUCCACCUGGAGCUGGAUUGGGUGGCUCCUGUGGACCAAUCAGACUGCUGCAUUCUGGAGCCUAUUGUUCUAGGACCAAUCAGGCUGCUGCAUUCUGAAUCCUAUUGUUCUAGGACCAAUCAGGCUGCUGCAUUCUGAAUCCUAUUCAACUCCGUACAUAACAGUUUGAAUGCAUAAUGUAUACACAGUCUAGUCCCUGCUCUGUAAUAUAAGGAUAACAGCAUUGCCCUCCCUGGGUUGAUGUGAGGAUUUGAGAGGAUUCUGUUUUUAAUCCCAUUUUAAAAAACCUUCCUGCACGCAGGCAGUUCCCCCAUUCCACAGGGGCAACCAUUUUAGACCCAGCAGCUGUUUACAAACCUAUGAGCUGUAUUAAAGGCUGCAAUUCCGCUUGCACAACAGACUUCUGUGCACACAGUUGCACUAUCCUACUCCUGUUGCCUCGAGUCCCUUGUGCACCCUUAAUAUCAGCUCCCGGGGGUGGGGGACCCCUGGAUCAGAUUUUGGGGCAUGUGGGGACAUGGGCAUAGCCAGGAUUUUUGUUAGCAGGGCAGGUUUUUUAUUGGGGGGCAGAACCUCAGUUUGCUAUGUAUUUUUAUUUAUUUUUAUUGAUCGGGGGGCAGCUGCCCCUCCCUGCCCCCCCAGCUACUCCCAUGCACAGGGAGAAGAAAUUGAAUCAGUGUAACUCUGCUUGCACAGUUCUGGAUACAAGCCCAAGUUCCCCUGCAGGAAAGGAAGCAGCCAGAGGACCCCCUCCAUUUAAAAUACGAUACGAUAUCUUUAUUGUCAUUGUCCCAUACAGAACAAUGAAAUUGAAAAAACUACAUAAGACAUUCAAAAACCCCUAAAAGCUCUGAAACCCCAUUUUAAAAUACAGUAUACUCCUAUUGAGACUCCUUAUACUGUGUUUAAAACCAGAAUUGCAUUUGGGUAGAAACUGUUUCUCAGGUGGCUAGUCCUGGUCUUUAUAACCCUGUACCUUCUUCCAGAAGGCAGAAGCUGAAAGAGAUCAUUUCCGGGGUGCGCACUAUCCUGCGCUAUCUCUGCAGCUUCCUUAUGGCACCUGGCAGCAUAGAUUUGAUCUAAGGUGGGAAGAGUGCUACUGAAAAGAUGACUUGCAGGGAUGAACUUUUGGGGAGUCUUCCUUCCAGUCUCACACGCGCAUUCAACUGGGAGAGGCGCUAGUGAAAAACAGCCCCUCUCAAAAUACAGUUUUGUAUGGCAACCCGUUUUCUCUAGAAGAAAAUAGCACGGCCCAGAAAUGUGAUGAUUUGUCUGUGGAGUAAUGCAUCCACACAUAGGGCAGAGAACUUUGGUUUGAAGUUCUUUGAGAAGAAAGCCAUGCACAGUGGUGCCUCGCAAGACGAAAAGAAUCCGUUCCGCGAGUCUCUUCGUCUUGCGGUUUUUUCGUCUUGCGAAGCAAGCCCAUUAGCGGUUUAGCGGAUUAGCGCUAUUAGCGGCUUAGCAGGCUUAGCGGAUCAGCUGAUAAGCGGCUUAGUGGCUUAAGGGAUCAGCUGUUAAGCGGCUUAGCGGAUCAGCUGAUAAGCGGCUUAGUGGCUUAACGGAUCAGCUGUUAAGCGGCUUAGCGGAUCAGCUGAUAAGCGGCUUAGUGGCUUAACGGAUCAGCUGUUAAGCGGCUUAGUGGAUCAGCUGAUAAGCGGCUUAGCGAUCAGCUGUUAAGCGGCUUAGCGGCUUAGCGGAUCAGCUGAUAAGCGGCUUAGCGGCUUGGGAAAAAGGGGGGGGAGGGAAAAAACCCGCAGGAACUCGCAAGACAUUUUCGUCUUGCGAAGCAAGCCCAUAGGAAAUUCGUUUUGCGAAGCACCUCCAAAACGGAAAACCCUUUCGUCUAGCGGGUUUUCCGUCUUGCGAGGCAUUUGUCUUACGGGGCACCACUGCAUUUUGAAGAAGACUUCUGUUUUAAGUCCAAUUUAAAGAUAAGGAACCAUAAGAAGGGAGAUUAGGAGCCUUGAAGUUGUCCAUAAUAACAGUGAGCAGCAGCCUCAGCGAGCAUCUGGCCACAGUCUUUCCCACUAUGAAAGAUAUAUUGUAUUUCUAUUUAAAUGGCAGCAGUUGCUUCUGAAUUUGCAUUGCACAUGCAAAUUUCAUGCAAACUUGAUUCUUGAUGAUACACAAGCGGCAAACCUGGUGUGUGCAUAUCUCUUCUGCCCAGUGAUGUGGCUAUUGGAAGUGGCCAGGUCCAGUAUACCUGAAGGAGCGUCUCCACCCCCAUCGUUCUACCCGGACACUGAGGCCCAGCUCUGAGGGCCUUCUGGUGGUUCCCUCACUGCGAGAAGCCAAGUUACAGGGAACCAGGCAGAGGGCCUUCUCGGUAGUGGCGCCUGCCCUGUGGAACACCCUCCCACCAGAUGUCAAAGAGAACAACAACUACCAGAGUUUUAGAAGACAUCUGAAGGCAGCCCUGUUUAGGGAAGCUUUUAAUAUUUAAUAGGUUCUUGUAUUUUAGUGUUCUGUUGGAAACUGCCCAGAGUGGCUGGGGAAACCCAGCCAGAUGGGUGGGGUAUAAAUAAUAAAUUUAUUAUUAUUAAUAUUAUUAUUAUUAUUAUUAUUAUUAUUAUUAUUAUUUCAGCCCUUGAAUAUAUUCCCAGCGUUUUUGGAUUUGGGCUAAAUCUGGGCUGCUUCCCCUCCUCCGUGGGAAACACUGAGCAGGCCUGGUGUAACCUGAGCUGCCAUUCCUUUGCUCAUCCUGCCUUUGAAACAAAUGAAUUAUUCACCAGGCAAUAGCUCCAACCUGAACCAAACAGGAGCAGAGGGAUCUGGAGGGCUGCCCAGGCUGGAAGAAACAGGGGCCGGGCUGGGGUUGAUGCCUGCGAUGCAGCCCGGCUGCCCUUGUGUUCAGCCCCACGCACACAUCCAGAUGGGAGAUGUUGUCAUGAAUGGUGCAUGCCAGGAAGCGUAGUAAACAUUUAUUGUUGCGAGAAGUGUUUCGGCAGCUGAGGGAUGUUUCUGUGCAGGGAGAGAAUCGGGGCAAAGGGAGAUGGAGCUACAAACAGCAGUGAGGAGCCUUCAGUACGUGAAUACUGGCAGACGCACCCAUGACCUUAUGCACGCCACAGGGUGUUUUGAGCACAUGCAACACAUGCUGGCUUGGUAAACACAUUGUAACCUCCGUGUAGGCACACACCCAAACACUGCAUCAACAUUUGUACCUUUGUACUUGGUGAUAGGGUCUAAACCACUGAGCCUAUUGGGCUUGCCGAUCAGAAGAUCGGCGGUUCGAAUCCCCACGACGGGGUGAGAUCCCGUUGCUCUGUCCCAGCUCCUGCCAACCUAGCAGUUCGAAAGCACAUCAAACUGCAAGCAGAUAAAUAGGUACCGCUCUGGCGGGAAGGUAAACAGCAUUUUCGUGUGCUGCUCUGGUUCGCCAGAAGCAGCUUAGUCAAGCUGGCCACAUGACCCAAAAAACUUUCUGCGGACAAACGCCAGCUCCUUGGCCUGUAAAGUGAGAUGAGCGCCGCAAUCCCAGAGUCGUCUGCGACUGGACUUAACUGUCAGGGGUCCUUUACUUUUACCUUUACCUUUUACUUGGUAACAAUUCAUUAGAUGUUAUGUCCUCUCUUUUAAUUUCAUAUGCUCAGUCACCAAGGAAGAUUAGAGCCCUGAUUUCAUUCAUAAUUCCUAUUAGUCUCCUAAGGGUUGUUUAUGCGUAUGGAAGUCUGUUGGCACAUACAGAUGGUUGUGUGGCAUAAAUAUGUUGAUUUUAAAUGUCAACACAAUAGACUGUAAACUCCAGAUUCUGCUGGGCACACCCAGGUUGUAUAGACAUGGUUGUGUUUGUCCCCAGUGUUCUAAUUGAAUUAUUUGAGAUCAUUGCAGUCUGGUGCCAAAAAGUAACCAUUCUUUAGAAGAUGUUUAGACCUACACAGUGUGGAUCUGUCAUCAACACAGUUAAACCAGUCUGAUAAUAGCAGCAUUAUCUGAACCAACGUAGUGCAACCUUCCCCAGCCUAGUGCUUCCUGAUGCUUCUGACUAUGACUUACAUCAGCUGAAAGGUACAAAACAUCAGGAAGACUCAUGUAAACAAACCACCCAUAUGUAACUCCAGUGCAAAUAGCAUUUUGAUUUUUUGGUAUAUUAAUUCAAAAGCAUUAAUGAUGAACACUUCUAAUGAUUUCCCUAAACUCUGAAAAACCACGCUGUUAAAAGAAAACUGAUUGAGAGGUAAAACCAGUCUCUUCAAGAGGAUUAGCCUCCUUUGAUUGAUUGUGACACACACACUUUCAUGGAUCGCAGCCCAAAGACGUGGUCUGUGGACCAGUCGUCCUCACAAGGAUAUGCCGCCGCCUUUUAGGUGCCACGAGGCUACAGAGUCCAGCCAAAAGGGGAGGGUGGCAGUAAAGUCUCCCUCUUGCUGCACGGAAACCUGCCCCCCUAGGGUCUCUCUCUCUCUUUCUUUCACAUCCCCAGGCUCAGACGGGGGGGGGGGGGCAUAUGGGCCACAUUCCCUAUGUAUUUUUAAAAAGCAGUGUUGUAUACAGUGGUACCUCAGGUUACAUACGCUUCAGGUUACAGACUCUGCUAACCCAGAAAUAGUCGAAGAGUCCCCUUUGUGGUGACUCCAACUUCAGGCAGGUGUCAAGCAGGUGAACCAAAGGCUGACCCAUCUUGAGGCUUAUUGCCUUACGCUGUUAGCCCAGAAAUGGAAGCAAGAAGAAAUUCUAACGAAAGAAGAAUGGCAGACGAAAUUAAUGGACUAUAGUGGUACCUCGGGUUACAUACGCUUCAGGUUACAUACGCGUCAGGUUACAGACUCCGCUAACCCAGAAAUAGUGCUUCAGGUUAAGAACUUUGCUUCAGGAUGAGAACAGAAAUCGUGCUCCGUUGGCAUGACGGCAGCUAAAGUGGUGCUUCAGGUUAAGAACAGUUUCAGGUUAAGAACGGACCUCUGGAACGAAUUAAGUACUUAACCCAAGGUACCACUGUAUCUAUAUUUUCCAUUUUUUCUUUAUAUGCAGAUAUGGUCCAAGCCUUGAAACAAAAUUAUUUGUCAGCAUAACCUUUGUGAAAAUUAUUUACAUACUUACUUAUUUAUAGGACUUCAGUUAUCCCCAGGGUAAAAAAAAAAAGGGGGGGUACAUUAUCUACCUAGCCCUGGCCUCUGCCUGGCUCGCAAGACCCUGAACAUCCCGGUAGGGUUAAGGGGGCAGGCCCUUUGCAGACAGGUCAGUCUCUCCCCCCCACCACCCCAACCCGCAUCCUCCCCCCCCCCAGCUCUUCCAGCCUUUAAAAGGGGGAGGCGCUGGCACAGUUGCAAGGUGGCGUCUGGGUUGGCAUAGAUGGGUUUUUCCUUAACCGGUGGCGAGAGGGAGACAGAGAGAUAGAGAGCAGCGCAGCGCAGGGCGAGACACAAAGGGGUGGCGGCGGGGGUGGGUCUCUUCCCUGCUGCUCCUCUUGCACCCAGGUGAUGCUGCUGCUAAAGGCCGAGGAGGGGCGGCCCUGCUGGGCUUAAGUCCUCGGCGCGGUCGGGCAGGCAGGCACGCCGCUUCGCCUGUCUGCCGCCCACGUGGGCUGGCUCGCGCCCUGCCUCCCACCGGCGGCGGCGGCGGCGGCGGGCCCUUUGUCCGCCCCUCUCUCUCUGCCGGGCGGCUCCUGCCUCGCCUCGCCUCGCCUCCCACCCCUUCGGUCCCCUUUUUGCUUUGCUGCAGGAGCGGCGCAGGCUGCAGGAGCGUAUCCUGGCCACCCGCCGGGAGCUGGAGGAGGAGAGACUGCGAGCCCAGCGCCUCAAGGUAACGCCCAGGAGAGGGAUGCAGGAAUGGAUGGACCAGAGGGAUGGAGGUUGGGAUGCGGGAGUGGGGAGAUGAAGGAGGUGAAAUGAUGGCGGGGUGAGGGUGCGGUACCACUGUGGGAGGGACCAGGGGUGGAGGGGGCAUGUCAGACCCCAAGAUUAAGGUGGUUGGGGGCCCUGUUGUAGUUCCCAAAAUAGCACCCCCCCAAAAAAUAGAGCCAGAAAUAAGAUACUACACAAAAAAAAAUGUAUUGGAGUGUCUUAAAAACUAACUCGUGUAUAAUGGCACAUGCUUUUGUGGACUUCCCCCCCCCCCUUGGUCCACCUUGAUAAACAAAUAGAAAAUACUCUGUGCAUGUUCAUUUAACUCCCCAUUGCUUUUGCUCACUUCCACUUACCAACUCUCAACCUAACCUACCUCACAUGGCUGUUGGGAAGAUAUAGGAGGAGGUAUAAAAUGGCUGCAAAAUGGAACUUAGUGCUUGUAUCACAGGCAACAAAUGUUGGUUCCUUUAACCCCAUUAAUGCAUCUUUGUUCUAUAAAGGAUCAUAUUUUUUUCUGCACACCUCCUAGGGAAAAAAAAAUCAGGACAGCUCCAAGGCUUCAACCAAUCAUAAUCUGGCCUGAGAAUUGCAUGCUUUAGAUCCCUAAGUCCCAGCAAAAAACAGCAACAACCUUGCUUCACUUUCCAAUGUUCUGCACUAGAAAUAAACAUGUCUAAUCAAAUUUAUAGCCCACAUUUAGCAAUGAGCUUCACUGGGCAUUCAGACACAGUCACUGGGAUAUGAGCCAUGGGUUUGCUUGCAAGUUUUUCCUGUUUUGGCCUAUGUUUUCACAACCUUGUGUGAAAAAGGUGUGCAAGAGGACCACCUAUGUGCAGGUGUUCAUGCCCCUAGAAGCUGAAAGCUGUGGGAGUCAAGUUCUGACUGUGUGGCCCUUUGUGUUCAAAUGCUUGCAUGAUGCGUGGUGGUUGUGGAGAGAGAGAGAGAGAAACGGUGAGGAUUGUGGCUGGAGUACAUUUGAACAUCCGCACUAGUGGGUGUGUUCAACAUCUGCUGUCAACGCCAUGUAGCUUCAUUAUUUAUUUAUUUAAAAGUAUUUCUGAACCGACCUCCAUCCUUUACCGUGUACCAGGAUGGUAUAUAAAGAGCAUGACCGACAAUCCUAGCAAAUACAACAAUACAAUUUUUUAAAUAAAAAAAAAUCACCACUAAAAUACAUUUCCAAACAAUAAAAGCAGUUGACACACCCGGCACUGAAUAUGCUGCAAAUAUCUGGGCAUGUAGCCUGGCGUGAAAAGAUUGUACUGUCAGUGUUUUGUGUGUGACUGCUUGCCCAUAUAGACCUAUAUGUGCAUGUGGUUGAACAAAGAUGCAAUUCUGGGUAUGCGCAGGAAUGAUCUCAUGUGUGCCUGUGCAUAUAUGCAUGACUGUAAGCCCAUUGUCUUGUCUUGAUGUGUCCUGACAGCCCACGUGUCUCUGCCGGCGUGAGUGUCCAGCGCAGGAUUGCUGACAAAUGCAUUCUCUGUCUCUCUUCUCAGAGGAAAUCCCUGCGUGAUCGUUGGCUGAUGGAGGGAACAUCCUCACCCACAGACGACAAUGAUCACUUGUCUUCUGUCUGGGAGGCACAGAAUCGCAUUCAGGAAUUAGAGCAAGAUCUGUCCAGGUGGGUGUGUCUUAGGUGAUGGUGAGGUGGAGGAGCAGCACUGACAAUAACACACUCAAAGGGGUUUCAUGGUUUUACCCAGCACAGAGAAGCAGCCGCCUCAGUUUCCUCUCCCUUCUCUUGCCCCUCCCUGUGGGGCAAAUUUUAGAUUGUAAGGCCCUCGGGGCAGAGACCUGUCCUCUUCACUCUCUAUAAAGCAUCUCACAUUCUGUUUUUAUUUAUAAAAGUGUUUAUAUGGCCCCCUCUCGUGAAACAUUAGGGUGGUGUACAACAGGAACAUUUAAAAUGAGACAAAGCAAUAAUAAAAAUGACUGGCUACUCAAAGAACGUUUUGGGCAACUACUCAGGCUUUUUUGCAUUUUUUAAAAAAAUAUUCAAGAGAUACCUGAAAGUUUAAAAGGACGCUUGCUGAAUCUCUGCUGGAAGAGGCAGCGUGGGACUAGCAACGCUUAACUGCCCAUCUGCUAGUGGAAGCCAGUCAGGCCGCUGAUGGCAAUAUAUACAUAAAUAGCAACUACAGCCACAAUAAUGUGCUGUUCCGGCUGAAGCUGCAGAUGGAAGCUGAUGAUGACAUCGAGGUCUCUGGAGGACGUGAAGGAGGGAUGUUUUGUGGGCACUUUGUGUCCCCCUCAUGCCUCUGCAUCUUCUUCUUUCCGGAAGAGAAGAUGCCUGGAACUAAAAACAACAACAACCAACACUCAGGACAGAGAAGCCUGAAACCACUUCCUGGCCUGAGGGAGCUGGAGGGAAGGAGCUCAACGGAGUGAUUAGUCAGCAAGGCUCCUGAGGAUUAAAUCACCCUCCAGCAGCAGCAGGAGGAGGAGGAGGAGGAGGAGGAGGAGGGCAGGAUCCCCCAGGCAGUGCAAAAGUGACAACUCAGCAAGAGGGGUGGAGAGCCUCCAGCAGCCUGGCUGUAAAUGUGGGGGUGGGGGUCUUCUCACACCCAGGCGCACAAGCAAGAAGCCAGGAUUUGUCUAACCAAAGGAUGUCAGAAUACAGUACUUGCUCAUGAAGGAUAGCGCUAAGGUUCAGCUCAUAAGGUUACUUAAUUCCAAAGGACAGGAGAGCCAAUUGUUCCCAGAAUAGUGACUGGUGAGUUUAGAAUGGGGCUGAAGAUCUCCAGCUUAAAACCCCACUCAAAACAAUGAAAUACAUCCGUUGUUCUUGUUGAUGUUGUAAUUUCUGUCCUGUUGGGUUGCCUAAGGUCCUUCAAAAGCAGAUUGCAAAGAGAAAAACACAACACAGUAAUAAAUCAACACCAAAUCAAUAAAGCACAAGUUAUUUCAAGCCAGUCCAUAGCACUCUUAGUAUCAUGCAGAUGCAUCUAAAAAGCCAGGUCUUAGCCAGCUGGCUAAAGAUCAGACAAGAGCAAGCCAGGCAGGUUUCCAGAAUGAGGAGGCAACCACCGAGUAGGUCCUGUCUGUUAUAGCUACAUGCUAUGCUUCCUUUGCCAAACUUCCUCAGAAGGUUUUAAAAUUAUGGGGGAAGAGGACAAUCUUGAAGGUAGAUGUGAUAUGCUUUCUAUGGCCAGUUCCAGUCUACCAUCGGACUACUGUAUUUUAGAUUUGCAGAUUCCAAAAGCAUGUCAGAAGGAGGCCCCACUCAUCUAGAUGUUACCAAGGCAUGUGUUGUGAUAAUAAAGUGCAUCAAUUUCCUGUGAACAGAAUCCUGGUUCACACAUCUCUGUGUCACAAUAACCAUGUGGAUCAGGGGUGGGGAAUUUGUGGCCUUCCAGAUGUUGUUGAACUCCCAACUCUCAUCAGCCCCAGCCAGCAGGACCGAUAAUGAGUUGUCGUCCAGCUCUGACCGCAGAGCCACAUGUUCACCAGCCCUGAUGUAGAGAUUUGGUCAUGGCCACCAUUGUUCCCUGUGAUUGCUUGCCGAUGACAUGAACUGUUGUCCUUUAAUGGCUGUUCCUCUCUUUCUGAAGCCUCCAGACUCAGAUGCAGCAGCUGGAUAAUCCAGAACUUCACCAGGGACUGCAGCAGCCAGAAGAGCCUGUGAAGGCUUUGAAGGAGGUGAAGGCAUUGGAUGGCAUUGGGAAGGUAUGAGUAGUUCCUGAUCUCCUGUGUUGUGGCAAAUGCAAAACUGCCUAUCAAGCACAGAAUCUGACAUUUUGAGAAUUUCAGCAUACAUUUUUUUAAAACCAAGCUUCUUGCCCUUAUCAUUGUAGGGAACAGCUUAAAUGUGUGGAAAUCACCUAAUUUGCAUGGUACGCUCAGCCAGACCAUGGCUCAGUAGGAAUGUGCAAGCAGGUGGGGUCCAAGAGAGGGGAUUGGGGCCACUUUUACUACUCUUCAGUCAUUUUGCUGCUGCUAGAGCUAAGCACUGAGCUAAGCAUGGUUUGGCUUUGCAUGUUGUCUCAAGCCAGGCUCGAGGCAUAGCACUCUCCAGACUAAUCAUGUAACCAAGGUUUGUCCCAUGAUUUAUGGCUUGUGGUUUGUCUGGGAGAGCUAAGCCAUGAGACCAGACCUGGGUGAUAAGCUACACCAAAACUAAGGCUUAGCUCAGCUUAGCAGCAGGAGAUUCAGGGAAGCGAAAAAGAGACCCCAAUCUCCUCUCCAGUGGCCCACAUAUGCAUAGUUUGGCUCAGCAAACGGGCCAACAACAAAUGAAAUUUCAAAAGCCAGGACUUCAUUUAUUCAGGCAACAGGACCUAAUGAUCAAUGCUUUGUGCCCUGUUAUGUAAUUCUUGGAUGUUCGCUCCUACAGCCUACCUGCCUCCAGUGUCCAUAUUCUCCCCCUUUCUAUCAUCAUUUUCUUUUAGAAUUUGGAUCUUGGAAACAGAGUAUUUUCUGCUGUAGUUGCAAAAGCACCUCUGAUCCCUCGUUCAGUAGACAUCUUUAGGCACCAUGUGAAAAUGUUCCUCUUCAACCAAGUCUUCAGCUGAUUUACAUUCUAUGUCUUUUAAAAUGUGCUGGUGGGGUGGGGUUAUUGUUUUGUUUUGUUCUUGUUUUUAUUGUGUAUUUUGUGUUUUUAUGCUGUGAACCGCCCUGAGAUCUUGGGAUGAAGGGCAGUGCAGUCGUACCUUGGAAGUUGAACGGAAUCCGUUCUGGAAGUCCGUUCGAUUUCCAAAACGUUCGGAAACCAAAGCGGGGCAUCUGAUUGGCUGCGGAAGCCCCGCCAGACAUUCGGCUUCCCAAAAUAGUUCGUAAACCGGAACAGUCACUUCCGGGUUUGCAGUGUUCAGGAACCAAAACGUUUGAGAACUAAGCUACUCGAAAACCAAGAUAUGACUGUCUACACAUAAAAGGUUGUAAAUGUUUCACUUUAGAUGGAGUUCAAAAUUGUGGGUUCAUUAUCUAGUGAGAAACUGAAUUUUCCAUAUAGAGAUGAGGUGUCCUGGUGAUAUUAUUGGGUUAAAAAAAACGAGGAAGGGAAGGAAGGAAGGAAGGGAGGGAGGGAGGGAGGGAGAGAGGGGGAGAGGGAGAGGGAGAGGGAGAGAGAGAGAGAGAGAGAGAGAGAGAGAGAGAGAGAGAAAGAAAGAAAGAAAGAAAGAAAGAAAGAAAGAAAGAAAGAAAAUCAGUCACUGGAGCUUACUUUAGGUCAACCUACUCCCGUUGCUCAGUCCCUGCUCCUGCCAACCUAGCAGUUCGAAAGCACGUCAAAGUGCAAGUAGAUAAAUAGGUACCGCUCUGGUGGGAAGGUAAACGGCGUCUCUGUGCGCUGCUCUGGUUCGCCAGAAGCGGCUUGGUCAUGCUGGCCACAUGACCCGGAAGCUGUACGCCGGCUCCCUCGGCCAAUAAAGCAAGAUGAGCACUGCAACUCCAGAGUCGUCCGCGACUGGACCUAAUGGUCAGGGGUCCCUUUACCUUUUACAUGAGAUCAGGUAAGCAAUAUAGGAUGCUGCCUCACAGCAAAUCACAACAUUGUUUCCAAGAUCCUUUAACUGGAGGAGUAAGUGAGCUAUGGCUCUUCCCUGAGGGUCUCACCAUCACUUCUUCAGGCCUUGGGUUGCACAGCCUGGCUACCCAGUUCUUCCUUUGCCCAAGUCAAGGGUUACUAAGGCUCAAAGGGGGAUCCUGAUCUGUUAUAGAAUUGGACCUCAUCUCAUCCCAUUGCCACAAAAGCAGAACCAGGCCCCGUAGACCACGCUAUACAAUCCAGACCAUAUUGUGCCACUAGAGAGGUUCUCCCAGAGACUGAGAGAUACCUGUAUGCACAGUAGCCAUAGCUUUCUGACUUUUGCAGCAGUCCCAAAGGAAGGAAGUUCCAAUGGAUUAAGUGCUCUUGGGCAGACCUGCUUAGGAUCACACUGAGCAACAGAGAUGGGGAACUUGCAGCUUUCCAGAUGUUGCUGUACUACUCUUCCCAUCAUCCUUGACGAUAGACCUUGCUGGCUGGGGCUGAUGGGAGUUGGAGUCUCAACAGCAUCAGAAAGGCCACAGCAGGUUUCCCACCCCUGAUUGAGUGCAAAUGUCUCCAGAAGACUCCAGCAACUGAGCCACAAUACACAUUUUAGAGGAAAGCAAAACAUUCUUUCCAUUCUGAACCCCGAUGUGGAUCUCAAUCAGACCCUGUGAUAAUGUCUCUGCACCAAUACCCUUAACACCUUCCUUCCUUCCUUCCUUCCUUCCUUCCUUCCUUCCUUCCUUCCUUCCUUCCUUUCAGCUUCCUCUGGUUUAUUGUUGAUAUAUGUCUGUUUCUCACACAGAUGAGCCACCUCCUCUCAGGAUGUGGGCUCAGUUUUGGGGGGGGGGACCCCAUUGUUGAAUUACGCUCAUACACCCACACACAGGCCAGGCCACAUGAGGUGUGCGGAAAGAAGAGGGGAAGGGUAUCUCUGUGGGAGUGGAAACACUCCUCCCCAAAAAAAUAAGUUAGUGGGAGGGGGUGGUGAUCAAGGCAGCUAUGGUGAAUUGGUGGAUGUUAUUAAAAACUUAAGUCAAUUAAAUUUCUCUCCCACCCCUCCUCCCCAAGGAGCCUUGAGUGCCAUCGUUUUUGUCAUCAUACAUUACAGUGUGAAAGUGGACAUUGCCUGUUAUUUAUUAUUUAGUUCAUCAGUUUGGAAAUGCUUAAUCACCAUCAUCUCUAAACGGAGUGUUAGGGACCCAAUACAAUAGGCCUAGCAAUAAACUGACACUAUAAAAUCCCAAUUCAGUUAAGAAACCUACUGGGAUUUUUAAAAAAGUAUGUGGUAAGUGUCAGAAGGUCAACAAUGGGGGUGGGUUGGGGGCUUUUUGACCUCAGCUGAAAAGGAGUUUCACAGAAUUUACCUUGAAGUAAGUUUCAUGGAGUUCAGUGGAAUCUACUUCCAGGUAAUGGCAUGCAGUUGCAGCCAUAAAGAAGCAUGUGCUUUAAAUGCUCAUUUGUACUUCUUAUUUUUUUAAUGGAAAUAUUUUUUAAUCAUUUUCAUUAAUUUUCCAAUAAAAAACAUCCAAUUAAUAUAUCCAAUCAUAAUCCAAUUAAAAUAAAAAACUAAAAUAAAAAAGACCAAAUUGUAAUCCAAAUUAUAAUUGUUGAUUUUUCGGGGCUCCCCAUAGUCUGGACCUCUGAAGCAUAUCUCCACAUCUCAGUCCUGCCUCUCCUCGUUGUUUCCAUAUUUUCCACAUCCCAAUUUUAACGCUUUAAAUUUAAUGGAAAUAUUUUUAAAGCAGAAAAUUCUUCCAGGGAUUGAGGGAAGAGAUGCCCUGGUGAUGUCACAGGUACUGGCCAAUAAGCAUUGUGCAAACACUGUAUUCUGUCUUAGUCAUUGCUUUAACCUGGGAAAGGGCCUUAGCUUAGUGGGAAAACACAAGGUUUGUGUGGAAAAGGUCCCAGGUUCACUUCCUGGCAUCUUCAGGUAGAGCUGGGAAAGAAGACUCCUGUCUGAAGCCUUGGGGAGAGGCUGCUAGUCAGUUUGGAGUUUGACAAUACUAAGCAGGGCCAGUGGUCUGACUCAGUACAGUGGUCCCUUGGUUUAAGAACAGCCCUGUUUACAAACUAUUCGGUUUAUGAACUUUACCUCUGUCUAAGAACAGAAGCCAAACAGUGGAAGUGCACCGGCGGUGGGAGGCAUCAUUAGGGAAAGUGCUUCUCGGUUUAAUAAUGGUUUCGGUUUAAGAACGGACUUCCGGAACGGAUUAAGUUCGUAAACCGAGGUACCACUGUAUAAAGCAGAUUCCUGUGUUCAUACUUUGCAGGAUUUUUGUGCAGAUAAAAUGAGAGAGAUCCUUAUGGAGGCUCUUCUGAGCUCUUUGGAGGAAAGACAAAGAAUCAACAUGUUGAAUAAAUAAGAAUUUGAGAAUGAGCAAAAGCCACCUCAGUUUAAAAAUAAAAUAAAAUGUUUACUAGUGAUCUCUUUGGAGACUGUUGCCAUGAAGUUCCUUUCUUUUGCUUUCAGGUUGAUGGGACCUCUUCCUCUCCUCCAGAAGGUGAGUCAUUCUCUAUUUGCCGGGAUACCUCUAUCACAGUGGGUGCAAUUUGCCUGGCAGUUCUUCUGCGCAAGCUUCAUUGGAAUGAAUGGGAAUCUCACAACUGGCAGUUGCAAUCUUCUGAACUAUGCAGGUCAACUGGUUCAGUUCCACCCAGGACCUAUGAAUUCACAUCCCACUGUGCUUUAAGCAACAGCUUUCCACUUCCUCCUCUCUUGUUUUCUGCAGCCCAGUUGGCGGAUAUAAUAAGGCGGAAGGUGGGCCCCCUAUUCCCCAAGCGUAUUCUGCAAUUUAGUUUCCCAGAUGUGUGUUGAAAGAUCCACACCUGCUGGACGGAAAUCUGAUCUCCAGCCAGCUAUUUGUGUUAAAAGGGCAGGCUCAGAGGACAAAGUAACUUGGAACGAACACAGUUGUGAUCCAUGUCUGUGUGUCUCUCUGUGUGUGUAUUGUUUCUUUAUCUAUUCAAGAUUGUUGGUACAGCCUUGUAGGGCAUUCAGAUAAAGAAACAGCCCUGGGACGUGUUCCAGCCUGUUCCAAGCUUGUUUCUUCUUUGCCUUCUGUAACCUCAAGUUUGGAAGCCUUGUCAUUUAGGCAACCACUAGCCCACCUUUAAAAGGGAUGCGGGUGGCCCUGUGGGUUAAACCAGAGCCUAGGACUUGCCGAUCAGAAGGUCGGCAGUUCAUAUCCCCGCGACGGGAUGAUCUCCUGUUGCUCGAUUCCAGCUCCUGCCAACCUAGCAGUUUGAAAGCACGUCAAAGUGCAAGUAGAUAAAUAGGUACCACUCCAGCGGGAAGGUAAAUGGCGUUUCCGUGCACUGCUCUGGUUCGCCAGAAGCGGCUUAGUCCUGCUGGCCACAUGACCCGGAAGCUGUACGCCGGCUCCUUCGGCCAAUAAAGUGAGAUGAGCGCCGCAACUGCUAGGUUGGCAGGAGCAGGGACCGAGCAACGGGAGCUCACCCCGUCGUAGGGAUUCGAACCGCCGACCUUCUGAUCGGCAAGCCCUAGGCUCUGUGGUUUAACCCACAGCGCCACCCGCGUCCCUUAAUAUAUAUAUAGUAUAAUAUUAAUAGAAAGCACCUGUUACCUCUGCCCACAUUAUCCACAAGGGUCCAGGCUGAACUGCCAAGACAGAAAUACAUUUUCCCCUUGACCUGCCACCAGGUGCUGCUGUCUCCUACCCCCACCAGGCUUUGCCCUCUGACCUAUGACUCACAAGCUUCACACACCCUUCUCAGAGGACCUGAUAACUUCAUCUGAAUGUGACCAUGAAUUCCUUGCAGAGAGAAGUGACCCUGAGUCCAGGCUCGAGCUGGCUCCUGUUCCACCCAAGAGGUCUCUGCAAGCAACAGCCCAAGAGAAGCUGCAGAAUGGAGAUAUGCCAGGAGGAGGUGGGUGCUGGAGACUGGCAAGGCCUGCCCUUGAGUAAGCUGGAGAGGGAGCUUUCUUUUAGCCUGAGGGCCACCUUCCGUCCUGCGCAACCUCUCGGGAGCCAAAUGCGGGUAGUGGGCAGUUGUUGUUUAGUCGUUUAGUCGUGUCUGACUCUACGUGACCCCGUGGACAAGAGCUCGCCAGGCACUCCUGUCUUCCACUGCCUCCCGCAGUUUGGUCAAACUCAUGUUAGUAGCUUCGAGAACACUGUCCAACCAUCUCGUCCUCUGUCGUCCCCUUCUCCUUGUGCCCUCCAUCUUUCCCAACGUCAGGGUCUUUUCCAGGGAGUCUUCUCUUCUCACAAGGUGGCCAAAGUAUUGGAGCCUCAGCUUCAGGAUCUGUCCUUCCAGUGAGCACUCGGGGCUGAUUUCCUUCAGAAUGGAGAGGUUUGAUCUUCUUGCAGUCCAUGGGACUCUCAAGAGUCUCCUCCAGCACUAUAAUUCAAAAGCAUCAAUUCUUUGGCGAUCAGCCUUCUUUAUAGUCCUUCUCUCACUUCCAUACAUCACUACUGGGAAAACCAUGGCUUUAACUAUACAGACCUUUGUUGGCAAGGUGAUGGGCAGAGCCAGAGGCAAACCUGGGCCAAGUAACUCAUGUAAAGUUUGCCUUGGUGUGCUGAGUUGCCGCACAUGCUCAAACACUCCUUUCUGCCCUCCGUGCAGCCAGGAAGAGACAUUAUCUGAGCGAGGGGUCACCUUCUUGCUGGUCAGAAACGCUCCAGGAGCCUGCGAAGGAAAAUCUGUCCUGGGUGUGGCUGGGGAGAUGUGGCUUGAGGAGAGUCCCCAGGGCCAGAAAGGGGGGAGGGCUUGGAGGGGUCUAUUUGGCCCCUCGGGCUGAGAUUUCCCACCGCAGGGGUGAGGGAUCAGGCCAGGAGGACCAGAGGCAAACCCUUCGACUCAAGCGUUUGCAUUCCAGUGGAGCCUGGGGUGAAGCAAAUUUCUGCAAACAUGGACUUUGGUAUUGAGUGGGAGAGCAUUUGGCUGAAAUCCUGAAAAUCAGAGUUUUCCUUUAAAAAGCAGGUUUGGGGAUGCAAAUGUUAAGGUUUGAAAUGUGUGUGGGGUGGGACCUCUCCAUGGAAUCACAACAGAAGUCUAUAUCAAUCACUUCAUAGCCUCUUGUCUCGCCCCAUGACUGGCAAAAGCAGGGUGAAUUAUGCAAAGUGUGUGUGUCCUUGUUUGUCUACCUCUUUCAAAGUUCAUCUCUGGUUUGGUCAAUUUAGACUCUGGACAAUGGACUCGGCACAAAACCUCUUUAUAUAAGUAACUGUGUCUUAUGGUGGGUCGCUAACCUUUGGCCCUCCAGCCUACAGCUCUUCCUCCUCCUUGACUAUUAGUCAUGCUGGCUAGGGUUGAUGGGAGCUGUAGUUUAUUUCAUUGAGAAUAUUGCUUCCUGUCCAGCUUUGCUUCUUUGUGUUACAGUCAUACCUCUGGUUACAGCCGCUUCAGGUUGUGUUUUUUUCCAGGUUACGGACCGCCGAAACCCGGAAGUACCGGAACAGGUUACUUCUGGGUUUUGGCGGUCACGCAUGCGCAGAAGCACUACGUAAAUUGCACUUUGCGCAUGCGCAGAAGUGCCGAAUCGCAACCUGCACAUGCGCAGAUGCACAGACGUGGGUUGCGAACGUGCAUCCCGCAUGGAUCAUGUUCACAUCCUGAGCGUCCACUGUACUGGGGAAUCAGAGGACCUGAGUGCCUGAGAUAAUGUUGUUGCUUUUUCCUCCAAAGGUGUGUUUGGCAGUGAAUGCAGUCCUGAGAAGGCAGAAGUCGAUGUGACCCCUAUGACUGAAGAAGGUGGGGACGUCCAGCCCCCACAGAGAAGUGCUGAAGCUGCUCCGGACGUGAAACUGGCCUGCCAGAGCUUGGGCCUCAGUGAAGCCUCUCCCAACUGCCCAAGAAAGCUGGCAGUGGAGGAGAUGGUCAUCCGAGACCACUUGGGCCAGGAAGUGGGCAGCAUGGAUGCUGUUGGGCAGAAGCAGAGCUCCAUUGGGAAGGAGGAAGACUUGGAGGGCCACCCUGAUUUAGGGAAUGAGGGUGAAGAAGGGAGCAAGCCAAACCACCUUUGCAGUGCCUCGAAUUCAGUGAAGGCCCCUGGAGCUACAGAAAGCCGGGUGGACAGUGAACUGGGCAGCCGUGACGGUCCAGAGGGAGAGUCUCCCACUUCUUGGGACCAUCAGAGUCCCUCUAAGGCACCGCAGGGUGAGAAUAGCUGCCUUGAUUCUCCCAAGUGGCGGGCAGAGGCAGAGCUGGAGAUGGGCUCCCUGGCCAAGGAAGCAGAACUGAUGGGAGCUGGGCAGAAGGAGUUCCCAGAACAGGGUGCCAAAGAGGCGAAUCCUGCCCAAGGCCUAGCAGUUGGCCAUGCGGAGCCAGUGAUGGGGGGACAGGAAAAUCUAAGCGGAGAGAGCCUGGGGUCAUGGCUGGACCAGCCUAAGCUUCCUCUGCUGGACCAGAUCUCUGAUCUGGAAGAAGCCAAGAUGCCACUUCUAGAUGAAGUCAUGUCAUCAUCAUCACCUCUGGCAGACCAGGUUCCAGUGACUCUUCAGGAGCAGAUUCCUCCUCCCCUGCAAGACCAGAUUCCAUCUUCUUUUCAGGAAACGGAGGGUUCAUGCCUAGAGCCUUUGUUACCAAAUCAGAGCCUGUCCACUCUUUCGGACCAGACUGCUCCUUUGCAAGAAAGGAAGGAACUGCUUUCAGCCCCAGUUCCACCCCCACAGCAAGAGUCCCUUUUAGAUCCAGCCCCACCAUCUCUGCAGGACCAUCCUUCCUCUUCUCCAAAAGAGAACCCAUCCUCUUUGCAGGGUGAGGUCACUUCUCUGCAGGACCAGAUCCCAUCGCCUCUACGUGAAGCUAAUGGGAAACCUCUGGACCAGAUCCCAACAUCUCUACAAGAACAGAGUGCUGCUCUGCCAGAUCAGGUCCUGUCACCUCUACUAGACCAGCUCACAUCUCUGCCAGAGCAGAUCCCGUCCUCUUUGAAUGAAACAGAGAAAUCGCUUCAGAUAUCGACAACUUCACAGGGCCAGGAACUUUCUGGGGUGGAAGCUAAAGGAUCCUAUCCAGACAUAAUCCCCUACCAGCUCACUUCUCUGCCUGAUCAAAUAAAUUCCCUUCAAGAAGCAGAGGGGUUGUCCUUGGAAGAGAUUCCAGUCAUUCUGCAGGAUCAAAUGCCAACAGCUCCAGAGGCCUGGAUCCCUUCUCUGCCAGAGGAAGACAUCAUUCUUCCAGGCCAGAUCCCACUCCCUGUGAAUGAAGGUAAGCAUUUACUUCCAGGGGAGUCUCCAGCAUCUGUACCAGAUCCGAUCCCACAAGCUCUUCUGGACCAGAACCCAACAUUUCUGGAGGGUGCAGCCCCUUCUUCUCUGCAAGAAGCGGGAGGAUGCCUUACAGACCAGAUGCAGGCAUCCCUGCCAAGCCAGACCUCACCUCGUCUCCUUGAAGCUAAAGGGUCACCUCAGGGCCAAGCUCAACCCAUGCUAAUGGAGCAGGUGCCAAUCUCUAUGCAGGGCCAGGCAACGUCCCUUCAGGAACCUGAAAAGUCUCUUCCAGAAAAGCUGGAAGAAGUGCCCCUUAUGCCAGGCCAAGCCCCAUCCCCUAACUCAACGGCUCCAGAUGCUUUGCUCUUGUCCAGCCAGGAGAUUGGCCAGCCUCUCCUGGACAAGACUGUAUCAGUGGGGAACCAGGAGCUGAAAGAAGGUGGAGGUGCCAGCCUGGCCUCAGCAGCAGAAGAGGCUAAGGAAGUCCUGGAAAAUCUCCAUGCUGAACAGCAACCUCUGCUGCAGGAGGCCUCAGCAGAUGCUCUGGACAUUUCUGUCGGAGACAUGCAGCCCAAGACGGGGAUCUUAAAACUCCAGGCAGCCACAAACCAGGAGGCCCCAACCUACACCACCACCUCUGCCAACACUGCCUCCUCAUGCCAGCUCCAGCCCAUGGCACCCCGGCAAGGGGAAGACCCAGAGCAGGGGCAGAGCAGGCGCAAGCAGAAGUCAUGCCAGUGCUGCUCAGUCAUGUGA